UUUUUGGAUUUUUGGAUGAAUUGAGUCGACGAUCCGUUCUCUAUAUUGAUCUCGGACUGUUUCCGGCCAUCUUGUCUAUCUUCAGGCCCGCGCCGGAUCUGGAGUGGAACACUUUCUACUAAAUUAGUGUUCAUUCACAACAAAUUUCAACCCACGAGGAUGGCUUAAAAAUAAGACUAUAAUUUUUCUGGACGAGGAAGUAGUUCAAGGAGGAAAAAUUUCUUGGCAUUCACGUCGAUCGAGGUUGUCGUGUCGUCUUUCAUUCAUCUUUGAGCUUGACACUUUCAGCCAUGAGGGCCGACAGAUGUACACUGCACCAAAACUUCUUGAGUCCUUUGGUUAAUACCGUAAAGUAUAAAUGAUGUAACGCAAGGAAUGGCUUCAAGUUCAAAGGAUGCACAAAGUGAGGGUGAAAAUCAGAAUGAAGCGGUCGACAGCGGUACGGUGUCUGAAUCGAGAGAAACUACAACUCCAAACCACAGUCGCUCAAACAGCGCUGUGUCUCCUCCAGCAUGGCGUGUUGUGUUUGUAAGCUCCAAAUUGCGCCAUUCUACCGUUCUUAACUCUGCUGCUCGCUCAGCAGUUUUGUUUGUACCCUACAUUUACGAUAAUACAACACUGGAGUCUCUCCUUCUCCAAGCUCAACAAAAGCUAAAUGGACGAAAAGCUGAAAGCAUCGCAUUUCUAGUUCACGGGCAAGGAAGUAAUACAGUGCUUUGUUCGCACGAUGAUCAGGUAAGCUUAAAUAACGCGUUUGUUUCACUUUCAUAAACUGUUUUGUACUUAACAUGUCAAAAUCCUGUUGUUUUCUAAGGUUAACCUCUGUCAAAGGUAGCAAUAUCCUAAUUUAAAAAAAUACGUUUGCGUUCUGGAAUAAAAUUUUCGAUUUGCCUCUUUAUUCGUGUGUUAAUUACCUGAAAUUCGAUCUAAAGAAAUCUUCCACACUCCAGACUUAUUUUGAAAUUCCAAUUGACUUAAGUAGCAAGCAGCUGCAAAUCUUGUGCCAACUUUGUAAAUGAGAUUAGCAGAUUGUUGUGUUGACUUUACAGAUCAGGAAUGAUGUGUAUUUCAUAUUAUAUUGAUAGCUUGUCUGCCAACUUGUGGUUAAGCCUUUUGCAAACCCCAAAUGGCAUUGCAAUUUGAAAAGAUGUUAGUUAUUUGGGGUGUUUUUAUAAUAAAAAAGAAUGAGAACAAUAAUUUUCUGGGAUGAAUUUCUGCAACUAGAUUAUUAUGGAAAUUCAUGCAAAUUCAAAAACAUCUAACUCUAAAUUUGACACUAAUGUCAUAGUGUGUAUGCGAGACACUCAUAGUUUAGGAGCAAUUGCCCAAAUGCAGGUACAAUAUAAUAUUAAGAGAGGUCCUUAUCUCUGUAAUCCUUUGUGUCAUUUAUGGAGAGUAAAAAUGCAUAGCAACAAAAGCCGUCAUGUUAUUAUUGACAGCAGAGUGAAACUGUCACUAUUGAUUGACUGGUAUUCAGCAACCUUCAGAAUCAGUCAUUGGAAAAAAAUUGAAACACUUGGUAAAUGAAGACAGAAUGCUUAGGUACACAUUUGAUGUUGGAAAAGGUGGCAAUAACUGUUGAUACAGUCAACGAAUCCACAAUCAGAAUGUACUUGAGACAGGGGAGUGGGGAGUGGGGGGGGGGAGGUUUGGACUGCCCAGGGUCUUGAAACAUGACAUGGUUGCUGGGAGAUAAUAAUAAAUACUGCAAUAAUAUGCAAUGCAUGCAGGGCUCAGACAGGAAGGUUUCCAAUCAGAAUUGAAGCCCAAUGUAGGAACUUUAAGUUCUUGUUAACCUUAACCAAAAAUGAAAACAAAUUAUCCUAAAUAGCAUACAAUGACAUUAAAUGGAAUGAAAAUAAAACUCUCUGGAGCAAAAAAUUCAAAAGCUUAUUGGAACAGAUAGGGUUAGGAGAAUUUUGGAUGAAAGCACACUAUGCGAAGACAGGAAUUGUAAACAUGAUCAGGCAACGACUUAAGGAUAUCGAACUACAUACAAAGAUGGCUAAGUGAAAUAAAUAACGACACUAGAAAAGAUGCUUACCAAAGCAACAAAUUGAGAACCAAGCGGUUAUUCAAAACAACAGACAAUUACAAAUGUGAAGAUUACCUAGCUAGUAGACAUCAGGUCACCAAUACGUUACACAGAAUAACUCUAACAAGACUGUGUCUUAGCAACCACAAAUUAGCCAUAGGGACAGGGUGUUAUUUGAGACCAUUUAAGAAACCUGAAGAAAGAAGUUACCCAAUUUGUAAAAUAGAAAUAGGGGACGAAUACCAUUUUCUAAAUAUAUGCCCUGCUUACCAGGAAAGAAGAUGUUUGUUACUUGAUAAUUUGGUAAAAGAAUAUAGAGUAAAAAUAAGCAGAAUGUCACCUAACAAAAUAUUCAUGUUCCUAAUAAACCCCCCCAGUGGAAAUGCUAGAAUACAAAAACUAAUAGCAAAACAUGUAUUCGAAGGCUUUGAAAAAAGAAAAGACAGCAAAAAAGUAAAUACUCUAAUAACUCAUUAGCCACAUAUGGUUAGGAUUUUUGUUGCUUGUAAUUUUAGUUAUAAUUUUGGAAAUAGUUGAUAUACUUUUUAUUGUAUAACACUCCAAAUAAAAAACAUGUAUGUAUGUAUGUAUGGUUAUAUGCAUGUAUGUAUGUAUGUAUGUAUGACCCUAUUUGAGGAUGAGACAAACACAGUAAGGCACCCUAUCUGUAUCCAAGGAUCAUACCAGGAACAAUUGCCCACAAAAGCACAGAUGAUACCUUAUUUACAUGUAUGGAUCAAGACCCUAAAAACCCAUACCCUUUUCGGUGGCACAUGCCUUUCUAGCUUGUAUAUGGGAGUGACCUCUUCCCCCUCAAGGACUCUACUUGACUUACAGUGGAAUGUAGCUAAGAGCUCUUUCAGGGUGCAAAGAAAGUCAGUUGUACAGCUUACCAUUCAGGCAAGCUGCAGUUAGCAUGUACUAACAAAAGUCAUUUUAACUAGCCCGAUGGUGAGCAGGGUUGAUAACAGUUCUUGUCUGAUUAGAAUUCCUUAAAAAAAUUCACCUGCCAGUUGGACAAGUUAAGAACAGAAUUCAAUACGCCCGAUAGUAAAAUCCUCUAGCCCCAGGCUAUCGGACACGACUUUCUUUGCAUGCUGUCUCUAUGAGUGAAUUUAACUCACUGACGGCCACAAGUUGAUCAGUAAUGUUUAGUUACUGUUAUGUGUGGCCCUCAUAAAAUAAAGUCUUUUAUUAUUUAUUGUUUAUUUACUGAAUGUCAGCCUAUCCUCAACCAGAAUUUCAUGGUAAACCAAGACAAAGGAGUAAUGCUAAAUAUGCUCUAAUGAAACAAAUAAAAGAGUAUGGUGUCUUUAAUAAUUAUUGCACAGUGCGUUAGAUGAUUAUUGUCAUAGUAGAGCAACUAACAUUUUAAUUUUUCAGUUAAACUAAAAUUCAUUAUAUUAUUUUUAAAGGUGGUUUUGCUUCAUGCUGUCAAAGAGGUGGAUGAACUUCAAAGUUUCUUUACUGAACUUGUAAAACUCUGUUUAGAUGUUGAUUCUCCUGGAGCCAGGUUAGAUUUCCUUGCCUGUCCACUCACUCAGAGCCCUGAUGCUUUGGAAAUUUUGCAAAUUUUAGAAGAAUUGACACAUGUAAGUGUUUUCAUUUGCCUUCUUGAAUUGUUGAAAAUUAUCUCUCAAUAUUUUUAUUAAUUUGACAUUUUUUUAAAAAAAUUCACUUACAAACAUUAAAAAGUAAGUAAUAUAAAGAGAACAAGUGAGUGGACAAAAAUCAGAGGAGUUUUAGCUGUCAUGCCACCUUAAACAUACUUGUUUUGCAAGGGGAGAAAUGAAAGGUCUAAGCUUGUUACUUCAAAAAAUAACUCUGGUGUUAACAGUGUUGUAGUCUGAGANAUGUAUGUAUGUAUGUAUGACCCUAUUUGAGGAUGAGACAAACACAGUAAGGCACCCUAUCUGUAUCCAAGGAUCAUACCAGGAACAAUUGCCCACAAAAGCACAGAUGAUACCUUAUUUACAUGUAUGGAUCAAGACCCUAAAAACCCAUACCCUUUUGGGUGGCACAUGCCUUUCUAGCUUGUAUAUGGGAGUGACCUCUUCCCCCUCAAGGACUCUACUUGACUUACAGUGGUCAGGAAUGUAGCUAAGAGCUCUUUCAGGGUGCAAAGAAAGUCAGUUGUACAGCUUACCAUUCAGGCAAGCUGCAGUUAGCAUGUACUAACAAAAGUCAUUUUAACUAGCCCGAUGGUGAGCAGGGUUGAUAACAGUUCUUGUCUGAUUAGAAUUCCUUAAAAAAAUUCACCUGCCAGUUGGACAAGUUAAGAACAGAAUUCAAUACGCCCGAUAGUAAAAUCCUCUAGCCCCAGGCUAUCGGACACGACUUUCUUUGCAUGCUGUCUCUAUGAGUGAAUUUAACUCACUGACGGCCACAAGUUGAUCAGUAAUGUUUAGUUACUGUUAUGUGUGGCCCUCAUAAAAUAAAGUCUUUUAUUAUUUAUUGUUUAUUUACUGAAUGUCAGCCUAUCCUCAACCAGAAUUUCAUGGUAAACCAAGACAAAGGAGUAAUGCUAAAUAUGCUCUAAUGAAACAAAUAAAAGAGUAUGGUGUCUUUAAUAAUUAUUGCACAGUGCGUUAGAUGAUUAUUGUCAUAGUAGAGCAACUAACAUUUUAAUUUUUCAGUUAAACUAAAAUUCAUUAUAUUAUUUUUAAAGGUGGUUUUGCUUCAUGCUGUCAAAGAGGUGGAUGAACUUCAAAGUUUCUUUACUGAACUUGUAAAACUCUGUUUAGAUGUUGAUUCUCCUGGAGCCAGGUUAGAUUUCCUUGCCUGUCCACUCACUCAGAGCCCUGAUGCUUUGGAAAUUUUGCAAAUUUUAGAAGAAUUGACACAUGUAAGUGUUUUCAUUUGCCUUCUUGAAUUGUUGAAAAUUAUCUCUCAAUAUUUUUAUUAAUUUGACAUUUUUUUAAAAAAAUUCACUUACAAACAUUAAAAAGUAAGUAAUAUAAAGAGAACAAGUGAGUGGACAAAAAUCAGAGGAGUUUUAGCUGUCAUGCCACCUUAAACAUACUUGUUUUGCAAGGGGAGAAAUGAAAGGUCUAAGCUUGUUACUUCAAAAAAUAACUCUGGUGUUAACAGUGUUGUAGUCUGAGAGUAGAUGCGUAUACCCUACCAAUAGAGUUAUAUUUUGUGUUACUUGGACACUUUUUUAGGUCCCUGUUGGCAUGACAAAAGAAAUCAUGGGAACCGAUAUAAGAAGCAGAGGUGAUGAGUCCAGGUAAGAUGCAAGCUGUGGUUAUAAAGAAGCAGACAUUUAAAAGCAAACAAACAAACAAACAAAAUUAUGUUACUCUGUAUAAUUCAAACCUCAUGACAAGUGGCCUGUUAUUAGCAUAAUUAUAAUUAUAAUGUUUAUAUAAAAAUUGAAUAAAAAUNUGUAAAACUCUGUUUAGAUGUUGAUUCUCCUGGAGCCAGGUUAGAUUUCCUUGCCUGUCCACUCACUCAGAGCCCUGAUGCUUUGGAAAUUUUGCAAAUUUUAGAAGAAUUGACACAUGUAAGUGUUUUCAUUUGCCUUCUUGAAUUGUUGAAAAUUAUCUCUCAAUAUUUUUAUUAAUUUGACAUUUUUUUAAAAAAAUUCACUUACAAACAUUAAAAAGUAAGUAAUAUAAAGAGAACAAGUGAGUGGACAAAAAUCAGAGGAGUUUUAGCUGUCAUGCCACCUUAAACAUACUUGUUUUGCAAGGGGAGAAAUGAAAGGUCUAAGCUUGUUACUUCAAAAAAUAACUCUGGUGUUAACAGUGUUGUAGUCUGAGAGUAGAUGCGUAUACCCUACCAAUAGAGUUAUAUUUUGUGUUACUUGGACACUUUUUUAGGUCCCUGUUGGCAUGACAAAAGAAAUCAUGGGAACCGAUAUAAGAAGCAGAGGUGAUGAGUCCAGGUAAGAUGCAAGCUGUGGUUAUAAAGAAGCAGACAUUUAAAAGCAAACAAACAAACAAACAAAAUUAUGUUACUCUGUAUAAUUCAAACCUCAUGACAAGUGGCCUGUUAUUAGCAUAAUUAUAAUUAUAAUGUUUAUAUAAAAAUUGAAUAAAAAUAUGAUCUGAAAGCUGAAAUAUAACAGGAAAAUUCUGUGACAAUUUUUUUGCAGAGAGUGCAUGUUUUCCCAACUGAAAAUUGUAGAGCACUUUAACUUCUGUAAGCUCAUACAGUUUUGUCUGUUUGGUUCAUAAAAGUGUUUUCUCUGAGGCAAAUGAAGAAGAAAAGCUUCAAAGAAAUAUUUUGUUCCCAUGAGAUCAAUAAGUCAUUUUUUUUUUAUUUUCUUUUUUUAUGUGACAGCUUUCACCCAGGUGAACUUUACUUUAAGCAGGAGAAAAUGCGGGGAUGGUCAGGCGUUCCACAGCCAAAUAUUAACAACUUUGAAAAGAUCAGAACUGUUGGAAAAGGUAUUUUAACUGUUAAAUGUAACAGCUAUAUGCCAGUACCUCUGUGCAAAAUUUUGGUGUAGGAGGCUCUGGUGUAUAACCAAACUAAAAUAUUAUGAAGUAGUUGAACAAAACUCUUAGGGCCACUUAUUUAAACAGAGUCUAGCCCGUGUUUAACAAAACUGCGUUCUAAUCCAUUUUCAGUUUGUUCAACGCUUUUAUCUGAACACCAUUUGUCGUGAGCAAUUUCAAUAAAGCAUAUAGUUUAGACUGGGAAAGCAUUUAUUUUCUUAAAUUAACCCACUAGGAAGGAGAUCUGGAGGUCCAAUGAUUUCUUGAACCGCAGCCUAAGUUAGACUUUGUUAUAUAACAGAUCCUUAGAUUCCUCUGUAAGUCCUCUAAAAAGCCCUCAUAGAGGUCUCAACUGUAGGGACAUGGUUAAAUAAACAAAGUGUAACUUGAAUGGCUGUUGUUUAAGGAGAUUUGUCAUCUCUCCUAUUUGAAUGAAAUAUGAGGGGUCUCAAGCUCCUUUUACAGGACUCUUUAGUUUUUGUCAUGGAACCUUCUCAUGACUGGGACUCUUGUUUUUUGGUGAGAAUAACAUUUGCCAUGAUAAUAUUCUCAUAUUGGCUGCAUGUUUUUUUUUUUACUUUAGGUGCAUAUGGUGCAGCUGUUCUCUACAGGAAAAAGGAUGAUGACUCACUUGUUAUUCUUAAGGAGAUUUCUCUUCAUGAUUUGACAGCAACUGAGCGGCAAAUGGCCAUGAAUGAGGUCUGUCUUUGCAACUGUUGCUCUUAUUAUAUACAGUUGAUUCAAUUACUGGUAAUUCAAACCCUUGAUCACUUGAAUCUCGCACUAACUUGGAAAAGUUCCAUUACAAAAAAAUUAUUGAUUUUCCAUGAAAUUGCUACAAAGGUACUGUACAUUUGUUUGUAAUUCUGCCCGUGAUAACUAAGAGAUCCUGCAGCUAACUUAAACUGACCUUUCCCCAUCUAGUUAAUUUUCUUUGUUUUUGCCAUGGAAUACACUGGUGAUUUUAUUUUGUGGAUUUCACUUUUGAUUUUUUCAGGCCAAGGUUCUCUCAAAGCUAAGUUUGCAUCCAAAUAUCAUCAGCUACUAUGACAGUUUUGAGGUGGAUGGCACUUUGAUGAUUGAAAUGGAAUAUGCUGAUGGAGGGUGAGUCAAGUCCAUCAUACAUGUACGUUGUACCCACCUCGGGUUGCCUUGGUUACCUCUGUCCUGGCAAUUGUGAUUGCUUCAGUCCUCUUUAUAUUGUACCUCAUUGUAUUUAGAGGAUCAUUUGAAUGCAUUUUGAGACAUUUUUAGACAAUAAUUAUCAGAACUGUAGAAUAGUUUGACCACGACAAGUAUUUUUUUACAGUUUAUACUCUGUAAUAGGGGGAGUUAUAAACUCAGCGGAUAGAAAAUAUGAGACCACUGCAGCUCAGUACAAACUUAGUAUACUGUACAUGUCUUAAUGUUAGAAAAUUAUGUGAGUAGUCUUAUAAAAUUAGUGUUUAGCAAAAACCAACCAGCAUACUACCUUUGAUUCUGUACUAUGUUGUGAUGAAAAUAGUCAACUUGAAUUCAGGAAGAGAUCAUUUGUUUGCACAAACAAAGAACUAAAUUUUCUUUCCAUUAAUAGUGUUCCUUUUAUAUGCCUUUUUCAGUUUAUUUUCUGGGCAAGCUUCAUUUUAAUAAAUUAAUUAAUUAAUCUUUUUCUGAGAAACACUGCAAAAACAAUUUGUUGAAGAACUUGCUUUUGUUUUUUGUUAAUGCCAACUCCUUACUAUUUAUUAUGCAGUAGAUAGUGAGUACAAUGUAUGUUAGUCAGUCAGAUUACAGAAAUUGUAUUACAUGUAUGGCUAUUUAUCUGCUACUGAUUUGUUUUAAAUAUGCCAAACUUUUUUGUGCUAAAUAAUAAGAUUUAUAAUUUUCUGCUCAUUUGGAGCUACUGACUGUUGAAUAAAAUUGUUUAUAUUGCAGAACUCUUGCUCAAUACCUGUCAAGGCUAGAGAAGGACAUGGAGGAACGAGAGAUCUUAAUAAUUUUCCAACAGAUGCUCUCAGCCUUAAGAUACAUUCAUGGGAACAACAUCUUACACAGGUAAAUUAGCAGUAUAAAAUUUUUUGCAUUACACCUUGUUGAUAUGAGUAUAUCAAAACAAAAAAAGAAGAUUUUGUGGAAAUGUCCUGGAUUUAACCUGGAAUCUUCCAAUAUUAAUAGUUAUUGCCUUCUACCAGGGAUUUGAAGACUGCCAACAUUUUUUUAACCAAGGAGGGUGUGGUCAAGCUGGGUGACUUUGGUAUCAGCAAACAGCUAGAAGGUUCUAAAGCAAACACUGUGCUGGGAACACCCUACUAUAUCUCACCAGAGAUGGUAGGUUACUUUGUAGGAUUCACACAUGUUUACGUAGAGCCACAACCACCAUGGUAAAGCCAAAUAUUUCAAGGUUUUUUAAGCCCUAAAAAAUACACAGAGAGUCCAUAUCUGGUGGUUCAUAUUUCUAGAGCCUUCACUCAGAAACAUUUUACUGCAUGUGUUUCAAAGCAUACAUGUAGGACAUAAAGAUUGGUCUGAAGUUAUUUUAGCUUCAAUUUUAUUAGUAACACUACCAUUAAUAGUGGUACACCAGACAUCUACAUGUACUUUUCUUACAAAUCAGAAUUAAAAAAUACUAAGCAAGCAUGAAAGGAUGAUGAAGAGGUUUACCUAUGCAAGUACCGUAAAAUUCCGAAAAUAAGCCCCUCCAUGUAUAAGCCCCUCCAAAUAUAAGCCCCCCAAAAUCGUAACGCAAGAAACCCUCCGUUAAAUCGCCCCUCCGAAUAUAAGCCCCCCGGGGGCCUUGUACUUGGAAUUUGCCCUCGAAUAUAAAGUAAAACAAAGCAAAAGUAGUAAAUUUCCUUUCCACUACAAUCUAGACCAACCGAUUUUCAAACGCAAAUUUCCCUCCGUACAUAAGCCCCUCCGAAUAUAGGCCCCUCCAAAAAUAAGCCCCUCAAAAAGGGCCUUUGAAAAAUAUUAGCCCCGGGGCUUAUUUUCGGAAUGUUACGGUAGCCAUUUUGAUAGCCCUUUUAUAGGGAAUGCUUUCACAAUCUUUAUCCUUGUCUCAGGAGUCACAGGGAAUGAAUGUCUGUUCAGAACCACAAAAUUUUCUGUGAAUGCUGCUGUUAAUUUACUUUACUGAAAGCAUCAAUAAAAAUUGACCAACUUUGUUAAGGUCUUGGACCGUCUUUGUCUCUCGAGCUGCCAGUGAAACAAAGGACAAACAUGAUAUUAUUUCUCUUUUUAGUUAAUUUAUUAUAUGUAUGUGUCUUUCAGUGUGAAGGUAAAGAGUACAAUCAUAAGAGUGAUAUGUGGGCAUUGGGUUGUAUUCUUUAUGAAAUGGCCAGCAGACAGAAAACAUUUGAAGGCUCUAACCUUCCAGCAUUGGUCAACAAAAUCAUGAAGGUAAAAGAAAACUCUGAUCUUGUGAAAUUCUCAAGAUUGUAUAGCUAGCUUAUAAAUUCAUCAACAUGUGCUAAAAAUAGUAUGACAUAUUUCUGUGUUUCAGGGUCAGUUUGCACCAAUCAGAGGAAACUACAGUCCGGAAUUUAGAGUUUUGGUUAGUUCAAAAAAUCAUCAUUGGUGCAUGCAUAAUUAAGCAGCUCAUUUUCAUCUUACUUGUUGAUAUGCUGAGAAUUUUUAUCUGUUGACUGAAGCAGUUACAAGAAGAGAGAGUGGGAAAUGAUUUCAGGUGUUAAAUUGUGUGACCUAACUAAAAAAGUAAAUAGACAGUAGAAACAAGAGUUGUUUAUUUUUGGUUUGAACUGAGAGAGGGUGACUUGAUCAUUCUCAAUUCUGUGAGUUUCAAACUUCUGACCUUCAAAGAAACACAAAAUUUAGACAUAAGUACGUGCAUGAUUGUUUACACUAAAAAACAGGCUUCAGAGCCAAAUCACCAUUUUCUGCUUAUAUUUUCUCUUUGUUUUAAUUUUCCUUUUUUGUAGUGCACAGGAAAAGGACAAAGGACAAUAAUUAGGCAUUAAAGUUUUCUUUUUAUUAUUUCCAUGUCACAAUAAAUGAGGACUUUCUGACUGAAUUUUUUUAGGUCUCAAAGUCUAAAACAAAAUAAUAUUAUGUGCAUUUUGCUCAACUUAAUUAAUGUUAAGUAUAAAAUGCAUUAUGGUUGAGACAUUUGUAUUGUUUUAGGUUGGGGAUAUACUACAGAACGACCCUGAUCUGAGACCAGAAAUAGAUGAUUUAUUGAAUGAAAGACUCCCAAAGGUAUGUUAUUUAUGAAUCUGUGUGUUUGUGAAACACUCUGAAAGUUUAUAAUAUAAGUUUAUUAUUAUUUAUUGCUAUUUUGUUGGUAACAUUUAGUAAUACUGUUUGUACUUUUUUUUAGCUAAUGAAAAGGUUUGAAGACACCAGUGAAGAUGAACUUGGUAGUUCCAUUGAUCAUAGUAACAAACCAAAGAGAAGGUACAAAUCAGUCAGGAGAUCUUCUUCAAAAAUUGCAGACAAAUAUAUACUAAUUAAACUAAUGCUGGUUUUUGACAUCAUACUGUCAAAAAUAUGAACCAAAACUGUUCUGUUGAAUAAGAGCAAGAAUUUGGGAUAUGAUAGAAGAUCAGUAUGUUAACAAUCUUGGAAAUAUAGAGGGCCCAUGUUGGUGUUAAUAUUCAUCCUCUCUUCAUGCUGGGCUAAUGCUACAAAAAAUUACCUGUAGAGAAUGCUAGUAAUGGCACCUGUAUUUUUUACUGUAUUAUUAUUAAUUUCUGUGUAUGUUCUCAUUUUUAGGACACUUUUGUAUUACCUGGACCUGCUUUACACUAACAUGUGCCCUAUUGAGAUACCUGCAAAGGGACAGCUUAGAGAGGUAAGAAUGAAGGUACUACUGCAACAAUUCAAACUUCAUGCUCUGUAUGAAUUUCUGGAAGUGCUGCGUUAUUUGAACUUAAUUUUACCCAAUAUUUACCUAUAUUUUUAUGAUACUUACUUGUAGAUGCCAUUAUUAGGAAAAAAAAUGUUUUUUACAUGUACUUUUUGCUCUUAUUGCCAUUGUUCUUUUAAAAAUCCUUGCUAGUUUUGUGAUGCAGAGCGGUCAGAUUGAUUAUUAAGAGGGUUAGAGACUUCUUGUCGGUGCUUUACUAGCAAAUAAAAUAAUGCACUUGAUGGGCAUAGAGUGAACUGGAAAUUCUUCAUACAGUACUUGGUCACACCUCGUGCUGUACUCUUGAAUUCCUUGUUCAUUCUACAGCCAACGUGUUUGUUUAUCUGCCAGUAAAAUGCUCUCAUUAACCUCUAGCCCAUGUAUGUCAUUGUUUCAAACAACUCCUAGUGUUCUUUUAAGUAAUUACUUUCAUGUUCGUUACAGUUUAUAUUCCAAUGGACUGUCAGUAAUGUCUUAAAAGAUUUGGUUUUUUUCUAUUAGUAACAUUAUUGUACAUAGUUGAUAAUACAUUUUGUGCACCGCAUCUCUUUUUUGAAAGGUUGCUGUUGGUAGUUCCCAUGUUACCAUGGUGACAAUGGAACAUGUAGUGUACACAUGGGGUAGCAACUGUUGUGGUCAGCUUGGUCAUGGUGACAGCAACAGACGAGACAAACCAACACAAGUUGAAGCACUUAAGUCUAAAACUAUUUUGAGGUAGGAUUUAUUCAUUUGUCAUCACAGAGUGAUAUUCUUUUUUUACCAGCUUUUUUGGACACAGGCCUGCUAUGCCCAGAGGGAGUGUGCAUCAACGGGACUCAGGUCCCAUGCGAGGUGCCAUCCCUACCCAAUCCCACAACCUGUGAGGGUUGGCCACACCACUGGGGUCUACGAGCCUUACUCUUUUCUAAUAGUGAUGUGGGUUCUUUUAUACCCCACAAGAACAAAUCAGUGAAAGUGCUGUGAGAUGGGACCUAUGGUUGUUUUUCAUCCUUAUCUGAGAAGACUAGAAAGUCUAACCAUUGCAGAUGUCAUUUACAAAGGCAACACUUUCUUCUCAGUUAUUUAAAGACCCUGAGUGUUUGUCCGGCUGAGGUUUGAACCGGCAACCUCCCGCUCAGCAGACUGGCACUCUCCCAACUGAGCUAACUAGGCAGCUGUUCUUUUGGUACUUUUUGCUGUUACAGUGAAAGGGAAGGUGUUGAUGUUGUGGUUCAAUUUUCAAAUCAGUUUCAUUUUUUGAAACUGGUUUAUGUUUUCAACUGACAUUUCUAUAAUGUAAAGGGUUAGCUUGAUAAACUACUCCUAAACAGCCUUGGAGAUUAUCGUCCAUUGUACCACUUGUGAUGUCAUGAGUUAAAGAAGACAUACAUAACCUUUAACUAACUUUUGCAGGGGGUGGAGAUCUUUCAAACGGUACCUGAAUUAGCACAAUUCUAUCUUGAAAACAGGCCAGAGGAAAACCCAAAAUUAAACCUCUUGUAAAGUUGAUCAGAAAAUUCCAAUGAAAAAAUGAAUCUCAGAAUUUUGCCUUCCGUGCAUGCCUGAAAGCUGUAAUAACAUCUCAGACAAAAAGCCAGGAUAGCGUUGUUGUGUAAACAAUGUUUUCUCUAGUUUUGGUUCUUUUUGGGUGGAUUGUGAGGAAACAGCUCUACUUGCUUCAAACUUUGCUUUCGGCAAAAUUUCCAGGAAUUAAUGGGAUAUUUUGUUUAACUGAUUAAGGGAUUCCAGUCCAAUUUUAACCAAAAGACUGUAACUCAACAGACGUUUUGUUUUGAUUUGUCUACAGUGUUUGCUGUGGAGAUAACUUCACUGUGUUUGUCACAGACAAUGGUAUUGUCAUGACCUGUGGCCUGGGUGACUUGGGCUGCCUAGGGCAUGGCGACUGGAUCAACUCAACUAAGCCAAAGUUGAUUGAGGCAUUGUUAAGUUUCGAUGUGACUUCAGUGAGCUGUGGUUCCGCCCAUGUCGCAGUUGUUACCAGUGAAGGUGUGGUGUUCUCUUGGGGUUCCGGUGGCGAUGGCAGAUUGGGAUUGGGGGAUGAAGAAAACCGGUAAGUCAAAUGCAGACAGCAGAGAAAGGCUUACUUAUUUAGUCUAAGAGGUAACAUUCUGGUCUUCGUUAUUCCACUUAUGUCCAGAUUUGAAUGCAGCUGCAAAAUUUACCAUUUAUGCAAAUCUGGAUGUAUCUUCAUCAUUACAGUGGCUAGCCACUGAGUGAAGCAGCCAAAGUUGGCUAAUGUUAGAGACGUGAGGGACUGUAAUGUUAUAGAGUCAACUUCCUUUAAGACGGACACCUCUGGGAUGGGCAUUGAGUGUCUGUGUUCAAGAUAUGUUGGUCUUAUAGAGAGUCAAAUAAAGGAGGUAAAGAAAGACAGGGACCAACUCCAGGUGUUCGCUUUACAGAGGUGUCUGUCUUAUAGGGUAGUCCGUUAAGAAAGAGUCGACUGUAGAACUUUUUGUGUAACAAAUUAUGAUAGAAUUUUGUGCCCAUGAAAGUGACCACAACAGUCACAGAAUGUUCGAGGGCAAAUCAACAGUGAGAAGUGUAUAGAAUUGAUGCCCAACAGCGACCCCCCCCUCCCCCACUAGAUUUAUUUUGGUGAGAUAAGAGAUCAGAUGUUUUAAAACUGAUCAGUGUUGUUGUGUAUUAGAUGUGUCCCCACAGAGGUGACUGCUAUUGACGAGACUGUGUCCAUAAAACAAGUCAAGUGUGGAUAUGAUGGCACCAUGUUUAUCACUGAUUCAGGGGCGCUGCUUGCAUGUGGCAGGUAAAUUUAUUUAAUUUUACUCAAGAAUGAACCUAUGUUUUGUUUUACCCUGAAAGUUUCCCAAAAGUAAUGCCAUUUUUCUUCUUCUUUUUGAAUUAUACAGCAAUGCAAACAACAAGCUUGGGCUGAACAACCGGCAGGGAUUUUUGAUGCAGAUGAAAAAUUUGCUGAAUAAGGUACAUUAAUAAAUAGGUGGAAUAUCAUCUUCCGCUUGAGACCUGAAUAGGAGGACUACACUCACUCUUCAGCAAUACACUCAUCAUUUUGUUUUUAGCAGUUGAAAGAAACUUUUGAAUUUUAGAGGUUGACAGUUUUUUUUUAUUAUUGAAAUGAAAUGUUUUUAAUUGAAAAAAUUUUUCUUUCUUUAAUUUAAUUUUUUUUAACUUAAAUUAAUUGUUUUUUAAUUGAACAGGAAUGGUAAUUAGUGUUUUUGAAUGAAUAGUUUUUUUUUUUUUUUAAAGCGAAUUAAUUGUAAAUAGGAUUUUAAUAGUUAGCAUUGUUGUUAAUAAAAUUUCUUCUUCUUCUCAUCCGUAAUAUCAUAUUCCAUCUAAAUUUAUGAAAUGACUCUUGGCUUCAAACCUUUUAAAAAUAAGGUACAUAUUCAUUCACUGACGUCAUUUUUAUUGUGUACCUGUUUGGAUCACUGUGACUAAAAGAGGUUAAUUUUAAUUGUGGUUGUUGACAUUGACAAUAAUUUACUCGAUAAAGGAUUUUAUGGAAGUUUUAGUUGACGUUAUGAAUGAUGAAAUGGGGCUGAGUUGUUUGAUGGGCGUCAAGCGCCAAUCCAGGGCUUUAACAACUCAUAUGACUGUUUACAGUUAAUCAAGGUUGAAUUUAAGAAGGCUUCCAGUCGUUCAGAUUGUGGGGACGGUGGAAAGAGGGGGUGGAAGAAUCCAAAACAUCUCUGAUAAGCCGUGUUGUAGAGUGCUGCUUGUCAUUGGGCGAAUCGACUUAGUUCCGGGCGAAGCAACUUCGGGGGAAUCGACUUUCACGCAAAACGACCACAAUUACGCCCCUUUCUCUCCGCUCUUCACAAUCUGAACACCUGAAACAGGUUACAAGCAGCUUGGCCCGGCGAGAGUUAUAGGAAAUGAUCACCUGAUAUAGCGUCGUGACCUUGACGUUUCACCUUAGGUUCAAGUCGACGGUAAAAACGUUCCAACAGCUGUCAAAGUGUUAUCCAAGCAUCGUGUAUUAGACGUAUCGCUGGGUCCAUAUCACAGUGCGGUGAUUGUAGAGCCAGGACUGGUCUACACAUUUGGUGAUAACUCACUCGGACAACUGGCUUGUGGUAACUGUAAACCACGUGAUGUUCCUGCAAUUGUCAAAGCGUUAGAAGACAAGACCACUAUGGUAAGACAACAAUAUUAUUUUGCGGUUAGUAAGAGCCUUUUUCCGCGGAAUAGCGUCUAUUUACCUCGGGAAUGACCGUUUGUUCCCAUGAGACAUGUCAGCUACCAAAAAAGUUAUCCCGGGCUUCUAGGACACCAACUUUACACAAAUACAAAAAUUUCGCGCUAAAAUACGCACCGCACGCGGUGGCUACUACGAGAAGGAAACUUAAGAAGGAUGUAACAAAUACAGCACAUGCUCCUACAUAUCAUGCCAAACACAUUUAUAAAACUGUAUGUAGGCCAAUUUAUUUAUUUUAUUUUUUACCAACUUGACUAGGCACAGAUUAGCCCGUAGGGGAUGGAUAGGUGGAACAUGUCAGGUGCCCUCUCUUCACUCCCUUCCCUCCCCUCCCUACUCACUCCUUUGACCCAUGGUAGCUUGAGAUAAUUACGUCACUAGUAUAUGUAGAUGUGUGUAUGUAUAUGUAUAUGUAUGAUAUGUAGUUUCAUUACUACCCUUCGCACAACGCGCAAAUCGCGAAUGAAAACACAACGACAUAUAUGGAGUGUGACUCUUGCUGGGUGCCUAAUGGACACAAUGGACCAGCGUGUGCUUUAUUGACAAGAUAUCUUAGCAAUACAGUUCAACAAUACAAAUGCUCUUGAAGUAAUGUAAAAAAUUACAGAAUAAUAUAAUUUCAACAUAAACGAACAUUUAAGUAAUAUGGAACGUGACAAAAAGUAGAAUCAAAGGAAUGAUACACUACCCGGUACGAAAACCCGGAAUAAAAAACCCAGUGGGACAAAAAAAACCGGGAACGUACUCCUCGAUCGAAUGCAGUGUAUCGAGCUCCGACGAUUAGAGCUUUAGACUAACUAAGGAACUAACAAUAAGUUUGGUCACCGAUAACGGCUGUCCAAAAGGCGAGAUAGCCAAAAAGAGUCUAUACGUCGAUAUUUAUACAAAUAUUCAUAGUGUAUAAUAAAAUGUAGAUACGUAACCUCUAUUAAAAAACUGAGUAAUUAAGAAGAAAAGGUUGACACAAAUGUGACAAAAAUGCUACGAACCGUAAUGAAACAGCUUUUCAACUACACGGUGUUACGUUGAAAAGCAUUUAAUAUGUAGAUGUACAUAAAAAGUGGUUCAGUUACGUCCUUUGGUAGACAGAUAGUGAAAGUGUUGUGAGACGCGGCCUUGGUUUUUCGUUCUUACUAGACGACCUCAGAACUAACCGUGGAACAAAAGCAGCACCUUCAUCAGUUUUUUUAGUUCUGAGUGUUGUUCCGGCCAAGAAUCUUAGAACCCUAGCGCUAAAGCUUUCAAUGAGCCAGCCAAUCAGCGGUUAUUUGUGCAUUUACUUAAUAAACUACUUGUUAAACGUAUCCCACAGGCUUACUAGCUCACUGAAUUCUUUUUUUCUGUAGGUGGUUUUCUGCGGAAAUGGUUUCACAGUAGCUGGAACAAAUGAAAAUGAUCUGUUUUUCUGGGGGGCGAGACCCACAGAUAGCCGACGUCCCCAGAGUGAAAGCGGAGACAAGACAGAUACUGAAAGUGGUAACAACAAAAGACACAGGAGAAAUCCAAGUGGAAGCAUGAGUAUUGGUAGUGCUGAUAGUGUGGAGCUGUCCCCAGGGUAAGGAGGCCGACCGACCGCAACACAAGCCUCCUUUGGGGUGUUCUUAGCUAAGUUCUUGAAAAGAAUCUCAAGAGCCAUUCCCUUCCCUCAUGUGGUCAAAAUGUAGUACUCUACUUCAUUUUCUUUGGACCACACUGUGAUAAACGUAUCUUAUAUCUAUAGAGAUGACCUUGUGCUCCUCCUCCUUGAUGAGCCUUAAUGGCUGUUUGUAAACGCACGGGGUAUGAGGAUUAGUACUAUAGUUUCGACUGCAAUGCACACCAACAAAAUUCAGUUGAAAACAAAGGCUAGUCUCUGACUGACGAUCUCCUAGUUAGCUUGGCAGCUCAGUUGGUGGGAGUACUGCACCGGUAUCGCAGAAGUCAGGGUUCGAUUCCAGGCUUUUUUUCGCAACUGGAAACGUAGUCUGCUACACAGCCGUUUUUAGUGUCGUCACGCAACGCUCGCUUUGUGGGGAGGAGCAUUGCGUGACGAAACUAAAAACGGCUGUGUAGCAGACUACUGGAAACGUUGACCAUCUAUGUUUUUUAAGCCUUCUCUCGACAGUGUUUUUGUGGAAAGAAAGCAAAAGAGCAUUUAAUUUUAACUCAAUGUAAUGCUAGAUAGAAAACCAAGAAGAACUGAAAGAUUGAGGAAUUUUUUUCUUGAAUUGUACAGGAGUAAAAGCGAUCAUAACUCCGGAAGCCAGACCUCUCUUCCAAAAGACGCCAAGAAGCGCCGAGAUGGCAUUCUAGAACUCUCCAGUAGUUCCACCAGGUUUGAACGUGGCAGGAAAGAUGGAAUGCAGGAGGGAUUCUCAAUGCCUCAGUCUUACAAGAAAAGAAAGGAUGGGGUACAGGAAGGUGUCUCACAACCGGAACUAGUAGGAAGUAACAGUGCGGAUGGGUGAGUGCGCAAAAAACUUUCCCUGCAUACUGCAUACCCCCCUCCCCCUUCUAUUUCUUUGCUACAAUCGGCGACAGAAUUUGUGGAACGUUUUCGUGAGGUCAACGGGCAUUUCCCACUUUCUUCCAACACUAUACACUUCUAAAAGGAAAAAGCAAACCUUCCCUUCCCCACCCGGCUUAAAUAAUGUUGUGCCGUUACUCGUGCUGCCUGUGCGAAUUAACAAACAGGCCAAUUUUGGUUUGGGGAGGGGAGGGUCUAGAUAGUUUGUUUUGUCUCUAAUUGUAUCUAAGUGAAAACUGGUGUGAUGUGGGAGUGUAGCCUGCGUAGCGGGCGCUUGGAAGUAGUGGGCGCAAGAAAAAACGGGCGUGCGAUCUUUCUUGCGCCCACUACUUUCAAGCGCCUGCUACGAAGGCUAAUGGGAGUGUAGUUUCUGAACGGGAAGACAAGAAUCUCCCUCAGGAAAUAAGAUGAAAACAUGAUCUAAUUGUAGGUAUCCUUCUAACAUAAAUGAUCUUAUGACUGGAAGUUAGUGGUUGUUUAACUAGUAAACUCCAUUCUCAUUUCAGUGUUUUCUCCGACGCGGAACGGAGCGACUGCGGAUCAAAGGAAAAUACGUCAGUUAAUUACAUCAGAAUGAGUUCUCGCCGAGGGCAAAUGAAUGACCAAUCAUAUGUAGGGUUUCUACGAAUCAGUGACAAUGAAACAGUCUCCUCUCCUACUCGCCUUUUUCACUGGGAUUCCUACAGUAUGUACGGAGCAGAUAGUGACCGAGAAUUUCCUGUUUACCUGCUUGAUGUCAAUGGUUAUGGCGUGAACGUGUUCGUACAAAUAGAAACCACAGCACCGGCUCCUAUUAGAAGACGGUCCAAGAAAAGAUCGCAGAAAAAAGCCAGUGAGAGAAGGCUGUCCAAGCAAACUGUGCUGUCUGACGGGUAGGUGUCCUUCGUAUGAUAGUUGUAGCCAAUCACAGAGGAGGUCGGUGAUUCAAUCAUCCAAUCAGAUCUAUAAGCCUUGAGGCUGCCUUGAAGCGCGGGAAAAUAUUGAGAUUUGGCGUGAGACUUUAAGCAAGUUCCAGACGUUUAUAGAAACGCAAAACCAAACAGUCAAAUAAUUUUUUUAGACACAAAAAGCUUCUUUACUUGAAAGCAAAGCAACCGAUUAUGUCAGCCCUAACGGUACAAUCGAUAUCUAAUCAAUUCAGAACAGUAGUAGGUGCAGGCGAGGGAAAGCGCAAGUUACGCUUGGUUUUGGUCUCAUUACCGUUUGAGUGAAUAAGUGGCGGAAAUGUUUUUUGCCAAUCACAGAGUAAGACUAAACAAAAUACAAGUUAAUUGAAACAUCAAUAAACCACUCUCAGACUGGUUUUUUACUAGCGACGGAAUUAGAGUCAGUGUUUAAAAAGAAGCGCAGGGUAUUGUAAUCUAGUUAAAACAGCGUUUGAUUCCUCUUACGACUACGUCGCCUACGAUCUAGUGAAAACAAGGCUGUCGGAGUUACAAUCAGAAGCGGUAGAACUAAACCAAUCACAAAGCAGGAGAUUAAGCUUUGUGAUUGGUUUAUCCUUCUGCUUCCGUCUACGACCAUCCGGUUCUCACUAGAUCAUAACUGCGAGGUAGUCCUAAGCGGAGUAGAAAGAAAAUGGAAACGUUCUGAUUCUUCCGUGGCGCUCAUAAAUCCGCUGACGACUUUGAUUUUUGAUUUUCAAUGCAAGGUCAUAUUACGACUCCCAACUCCGUCGCAAGCGAAAACCAGCCUUAUGCGGAAUCCAUCUUCAAGCCGAAUCCCCUUCAAAAGUUCAGUCCUGAUCAGUGUCGCAAGUGCUGCUUCAAAGCUGAAUGAUCCCGCACCCUUUCUUUCUAGCAGAUUCUUAGAGUUGUAAUCAGUUUUUUCACGCACUUUUCGAAGAAGUGACCUGGACAAAAACAACCGCUUCCUACGAGACUAAUGCUCAGAAAUAAAUCAAAGUAAUACAGAUUCUGCUAGAGCUUUAUUUUCGGAUUUUACUCUGAACGUAAUAAAAUGAUGCUGAGUUAACAAGACAAUUUUGUUUGUUCCUUACAGUACGAUUGGAGGUCCGCGGGCGCCUGGGUUGGACUCCUCCAUGGGAUCGAGCUCCUCCGAGUUGGAAACCACCUUAGGAGAGGUAGGAAUCAAAAAUAAAUACAUACCUCCUCUACGAAAAGAGUUUUGUAAUGCAGGCAAAACAUGGUUUGAAAUCCUGAGUUUUUUUGAGCGAGGUGGGGGACAGGUUAUACUAAAAGUUGUGAGUGUCUUUUUUUUCCUGUAGGCUCCGACGUGGUUAAAGAAUGAGUUAAAAGAAGGGAUUAUAGCUGGUAACACGGAUCAGCAGGAUUCAAAUGACGAUAGCGAUAGUGAAGAGGCUGACAGUGAAACUGAGGAUACUUUAAGCAAGUUCCAGAGGUUUAUAGAAACGCAAAACCAAACAGUCUUGAAAAGUAAUUUUUUUAGACACAAAAAGCUUCUUUACUUGAAAGCAAAGCAACCGAUUAUGUCAGCCCUAACGGUACAAUCGAUAUCUAAUCAGUUCAGAACAGUAGUAGGUGCAGGCGAGGGAAAGCGCAAGUUACGCUUGGUUUUGGUCUCAUUACUGUUUGAGUGAAUGAGUGGCGGAAAUGUCUUUUGCCAGCCACAGAGUAAGACUAAACAAAAUCCAAGUUAAUUGAAACAUCAAUAAACCACUCUAAGGCUGGUUUUUACUAGCGACGGAAUUAGAGUCAGUGUUUAAAAAGAAGGGCAGGGUGUUGUAAUCUAGUUAAAACAGCGUUUGAUUCCUCUUACGACUACGUCGCCCACGAUCUAGUGAAAUCAAGGCUGUCGGAGUCACAAUCAGAAGCGGUAGAACUAAACCAAUUACAAAGCAGGAGAUUAAGCUUUGUGAUUGGUUUAUCCUUCUGCUUCCGUCUACUACCAUCUGGUUCUCACUAGAUCAUAACUGCGAGGUAUUCCUACGCGGGGUAGAAAGAAAAUGGAAACGUUCUGAUUCUUCCGUCGCGCUCAUAAAUCCGCUAACGACUUUGAUUUUUGAUUUUCAAUGCAAGGUCAUAUUACGACUCCCAACUCCGUCGCAAGCGAAAACCAGCCUUAUGCGGAAUCCAUGUUCAAGCCGAAUCCCCUUCAAAAGUUCAGUCCUUAUCAGAGUUGCAAGUGCUGCUUCAAAGCUGAAUGAUCCCGCACCCUUUCUUUCUAGCAGACUCUAAGAGUUGUAAUCAGUUUUUUCACGCACUUUUCGAAGAAGUGACCUGGACAAAAACAACCGCUUCGUACGAGACUAAUGCUCAGAAAUAAAUCAAAGUAAUGCAGAUUCUACUAGAGCUUUAUUUUCGGAUUUUACACUGAACGUAAUAAAAUGAUGCUGAGUUAACAAGACAAUUUUGUUUGUUCCUUACAGUACGAUUGGAGGUCCGCGGGCGCCUGCGUUGGACUCCUCCAUGGGAUCGAGCUCCUCCGAGUUGGAAACCACCUUAGGAGAGGUAGGAAUCAAAAAUAAAUACAUACCUCCUCUACGAAAAGAGUUUUGUAAUGCAGGCAAAACAUAGUUUGAAAUCCUGAGUUUUUUUGAGCGAGGUGGGGGACAGGUUAUACUAAAAGUUGUGAGUGUCUUCAGCGUGCAAAGAAAGUAGUGUCCGAUAGCCCGGGGCUAGUGGAUUUUCCUAUCGGGCUAGUGUAUUCUGUUUUUAACUUGCCCGACGGGCAAGUGAUGUUUUUUGAGGAAUUUGAAUAACAGAAGAACUAUGAAAUCAAUUCUGAAAGUCAAAAAGUUUUUUGGGCUAGUUGAAAUGACAUCUGGGCUAGUAAAUGCUAGCUUCAGCUUGCCCGAAUGGCAAGCUGUAAAAAUGAUUUUCUUUGCACCCUGGUCUUUUUUUUCCUGUAGGCUCCGACGUGGUUAAAGAAUGAGUUAAAAGAAGGGAUUAUAGCUGGUAACACGGAUCAGCAGGAUUCAAAUGACGAUAGCGAUAGUGAAGAGGCUGACAGUGAAACUGAGGAUGCUAAGUUCUUGAAAAGAAUCUCAAGAGCCAUUCCCUUCCCUCAUGUGGUCAAAAUGUAGUACUCUACUUCAUUUUCUUUGGACCACACUGUGAUAAACGUAUCUUAUAUCUAUAGGGAUGACCUCGAGCUCCUCCUCCUUGAUGAGCCCUAGUGGCUGUUUGUAAACGCACGGGGUAUGAGGAUUAGUACUAUAGUUUCGACUGCAAUGCACACCAAAAAAAUUCAGUUGAAAACAAAGCCUAGUCUCUGACUGACGAACUCCUAGUUAGCUGGGCAGCUCAGGUGGUGGGAGUACUGCACCGGUAUUGCAGAAGUCAGGGUUCGAUUCCAGGCUUUCUUUUCGCAGCUGGAAAAGUUACGUCUUUAACUACGAUGAUCAUCGAUGUUUUUAAGCCUUCUCUCGACAGUGUUUUUGUGGAAAGAAAGCAAAAGAGCAUUUAAUUUUAACUCAAUGUAAUGCUAGAUAGAAAACCAAGGAGAACUGAAAGAUUUAGGAAUUUUUUUCUUGAAUUUUACAGGAGUAAAAGCGAUCACAACUCCGGAAGCCAGACCUCUCUUCCAAAAGAUGCCAAGAAGCGCCGAGAUGGCAUUCUAGAACUCUCAAGUAGUUCCACCAGGUUUGAACGUGGCAGGAAAGAUGGAAUGCAGGAGGGAUUCUCAAUGCCUCAGUCUUACAAGAAAAGAAAGGAUGGGGUACAGGAAGGUGUGUCACAACCGGAACUAGUAGGAAGUAACAGUGCGGAUGGGUGAGUACGCAUUAAACUUUCCCUGCAUACUGCAUACCCACCCCCCCCCCCCCUCUAUUUCUUUGCUACUAUCGGCGACAGAAUUUGUGGAACAUUUUCGUGAGGUCAACGGGCAUUUCGCGCUUUCUUCCAACACUAUACACUUCUAAAAGGAAAAAGCAAGCCUUCCCUUCCCCACCCGGCUUAAAUGAUGUUGUGCCGUCACUCGUGCUCCAUGUGGGAAUUACCAAACUGGCCAAUUUUGGUUUGGGGAGGGAGAGAGGGUCUAGCUUGUUUGUUUUGUCUCUGAUUGUAUCUAAGUGAAAACUGAUGUGAUGUGGGAGUGUAGCCUGCUGUCUUUUUUUUCCUGUAGGCUCCGACGUGGUUAAAGAAUGAGUUAAAAGAAGGGAUUAUAGCUGGUAACACGGAUCAGCAGGAUUCAAAUGACGAUAGCGAUAGUGAAGAGGCUGACAGUGAAACUGAGGAAACAGACAAUGGUAAGUAGUCACGGAGAGCUGGCCGGCCGGGACCGCUGCCUGCCUUCUGCCCCAUUUCCUUGGUGAUCGUUUUGUUGUGUAGUUAACACUUUUGUUAGAAUUAUGUGUUCUUAUGUAACCUGUCGAACACAAGAUACAUAUAUUUCAUGUUAAACACCGCGAAGAGAGUUCCUGAAACAUUGUAGUGUCGAAUGUUUGAUGAAAGUUUGCGAAGUGUUGAUUCCUGUGAGCCUUUUUUUCUCUCUUUUAUUUAAUAAACAGUACCGUAUUGUUGAAUUCGUAAUGGUCACUCCUCAUAACCGCUUAGAUAAAGAAUUCAUUAAAACGCUUUUUUUAAAAUUCUUUUAGGCCAGGAGAGAGACAGUUCCAAAUCCACAGUCAAAUCCACAGCUGAGCUUGUAUCAGACAGCGAAAAGAACUCCAAGAGUUCUGCGUCUAAGCUUGCGGCUAAAGUCGAGAGGUUCAAGCAAAGCAGGAAAUCUAAAUCGGAGACGAGAAUUGUAGGAGGCGUAGCUAUUAACACAGCAGUAGACAAUGAAGUGCCCCUCAGUGUACGGUCAAGUUCAGUAUCGAUUAAAUCGGAGCCAGAUCUUGAGAAAAUACAAGACAAGGUACUUCUUUUGAUUUAUUUUAUAUUUUCCUCUGCUCUGUUUGUUUUUAUUGUUGUUGCGAAUAAAGCGGGCUUUCGUUGGGGCAAAUCCAAAUAUAUACCAAAGUAUCAAAGAUUGACAUCUACUCUCACUGCAUUACCUCUCAUAUCUUACUUGACCCUUUUACUCCUAAGAUCUGAUAAGUAAUUCUCCUUUGUGACUGCUAUACAUUUUAUUGAAUGUUAAAUAAGAGAAUUCAGGGAUAUAUCAAUUUAGUAAAAUCCAACUAGUUGUCUAUUAUCAAUGCUGCGUUCUGAUUGGUUGAACUACUACUAGGCUAUAUGUUAUAGCCCACCAGUAGCGAAAAGCGCCGGAUUUUUGGCGGCAAAAAAGGAUGAAAGUCUUACUUUAAGUUGUUUUGUCUCAAUAUUUUUGACUAACUAGUUGGAUUUUACUAAAACAAUUAUUCCUCUCGCCCUCAUGGCCUCUGAGUCAAUAGCCCAUUCAGCCGUCGGCCUCAUGGGCUAUUGACUCAGAGCCCAUUCGGGCUCGAGGAAUAAUUGUUAAAUAACAUCCUCUGGCUGAUAAAUUUGCCAAUUCUCACCACCGUCACCACCUAUCCGUUAGGCAACGUAUUGUAUAUCCUCCUCCUAAGGAGAUGUUACUAACGUUAGGUUACUUAUAGAGUCCAUGAUCCAUUGGUCGCAGUCUUGCACUGAUGCGGCUUCUGAUUCAAUGGACGUUCAAAUUUUUCGUUCACGUAUAAAAAAAAACAUCGUUCGUAAUUGUGAUUGGAGGGUGGUUUGGCUUUUUCGUGAGUAUAUCUCAGCUCAGUAUCUUGAAAGUGCAGCAGUAAUUUAAUCUCGCAUAUUUACGUCAUGUAAGGGAAAUAAAAUCUUUGCUUGAUGAUAAACAUCGCCUCAAUUCAAGCCUGCGCUUCUCUUUUAUGUGGUUCAUUAAAAGAUCCUCGAGACUCUCAAAAAUUCAACAAAAACCGACAGGAAUUUAUUGCAUGCGGCACUGUGUAUUGAGAGGAUGACAGCGCAUUUUUUGCCUUUCUUUACAGAAUGUGGGUUCUGAGUCGCCGGGAACUGGUGAUUCAGAUAAAGGUUCUUCUUUGAAUUUAUCCAAAGUGUUUCCUCGCCCCGCCAGCAGUCCUGUUACAUCAAAACACAAGCGUUCAUCCUCAGAUGGGCUCAUUAUUGAUGAGAAGAAAAGAACUCCGUCGGAUUCUGGUGUAGAGUUGACUCCUGUGGAGAAACUUAAUAGUUCGAGUGAGGGAUCAGGGGGUGCCGCGAGCGGCUCACGCAAGACGUCUCUAGAGUAAGUUUUGAGCUCUCUUAAUGGUACAAAUGGGAAAAAAGUGGAUUGCAGCGAGUUUUAAUCAGGUAUAAACAGGUGAACUUGAGAACAGGUAACGUGACAGUAUGUUAUUCUGCGUCAAAAUCUCGCCAUGCGUGGAUAAUCCCUACUCGUUUUUGCUCUUGAGUAAGUGAUUAAUUUUGCUUGUACGUGAUACUCUCAGUGUUGUGUCUUUAUUGAAAUCCUGCACAAAUUUUGUUAAGAAGAUAUUCUUUCUUUAGCAAAAUUUUAGGGAAAGCUUACCGCAAGCCUAAGGAAGACUCGCAGAAAUUGCUUGUAUUUUGCGUUAAUUCUGGAUCUCUAUUCGGAAAACUGGACUGUUGCGUUAUAGUCGCUACGAAAGGUUGUACCGGAGGAAUGUGUUAUUUAGGCAAAUUCAAGCAAGGGCAUGAGUCAUUGAGUUUUCUGGUCACAGGUUGAGGAAGGUCAAUCUUUAUGAAUAUUUUUUGUGAAAUUAGAGCAUGUUUUGUGCAAACCUGAGUGAGAGUAUAAGCUAGUCGAUAUGAUCAUGUAGCUUUAGACAGUCGAACAGAGCGUCAGUUUAAUCUCUCGUCAGUCGGCUCUCAACAGUUUAAGCCAAGGAAGAGUUUGCCAAUUGCGGGAAACGUUUAAUGAUUUUGGCGGGGAUCGGGAGCUCCAGGACAAAGGAGGUGGAGGAGUUAAAAGGUUUCAUUUGGACCGAGUUAUACGGAAAGUAAAGCCUGUUUUUCUCCAUCAUGAAAUGCCUUCUGGCGUCUUUUCUACGUUUUUAAAGAAAUGUGUAUAAAGGACAUCUCAUUACGCAACUUGGAGCGAGACGAUAAGGAAUCAGUCGUAAAAUUAUAGACCAAGUUCAGGGGGUGGGGGGUCCUCUCCCCUAACCCCUAAGGAAGGCCUGAUAUUCAGUUUAUGGUUUAUAAGCAGUUGGUCAUUUUACAGACAAGAAAUACCGUAUCGUAAAAGGUUGUAUCCUGGUCGCUCGUAUAAAAGGUCACCUUGCGCGAUAGAAGCACAGACGUUGGUGUACUUGUUGUAAGUCACAAUAGUAAUAAAGCGAACAUUUCUGCGUUAACCGUUGUUGCUUUUUUCCCCCUUUAGUGUCGCCCGAACAGCUAAGAAAAGUGUCGGGUAGGUAAUAAGAUUGCUGUUUAUUUCUAUUUCAAGUUCAAAGCUAUUUGAACGGUCUUGUUGGCAAAUGUUUUGAUCUAGAUUAGCGCAGUUAUUAAAGGGUAAGGGAUUGGGUUUGAUGGUAAGAAACGGAUAAGAAUGGUGUUCUUACUCACGGAAAUCAAUUAUUAUGGUCGAGUUAACCCAGUAUCCGUUGUGAGAUUUUAUUGACACUUGGUUCAAAUUUGCCUUAGAAGCUCCUCACCGCAGCCUCCUCGUUCCCCGAGAGCUGGAGAUCGCCAGACAACCUUGAGCAAACCUUCGGAUCGUUAUCAAGAGUACAGGUCAGUUCAUCAGUCACUGUUGGAAUAGCGCUAACAGGGCGAUAAAUGUCAUUUUUCGAAUGUAAACUCAUCUUCGUAGAGCAUGCAAAUGCUAGUAUUUAAUGACAGGUACUGACUGUUGAUUCAUAACUAGUGAAAUGUCCACGCGUGUCCACUUUAACGAAGAGCUCCAAUCUUGGACAGAAUAAUAUGGAACAGCAAACCCCAUCCUCCCGAAAUCAAGGAUGAAGCCGAGCGAAGGUGAAGGGGGGGGGGAGGGUGGGGGGGUCUAUUUUGUCCAAGAUUGUAGCGUCGGUGUAGCCGUACCUUAUAGGAAACGGAACACGGUGAACUCAUGGACGAAAACUACGGUCUGCUUGUUUUGUUCAUUUUUUGGCUUUAUGCUAAUCCAAAAAUUUUCGGCCUUGAGAUGAAAAAAACUUUUGCGUUUUACUCUGGCUGUAUAGUAGGCCGCAACCUGGUUGGUUGUAAUUUGCGUUAAUCCGUCAGAAGCGCCGAAACUCUUCAAAUCUUUAUACGCACUCACACAAAUAUUAAACUGAUCGCAGUUAUUUUGUCAUUUGCUGCUUCACAGGAGACCUGUGGGGAGAGCGCGGAAUAGUCAGGCUCCUUUCAGGAGAGCAGGGUAAGUAACAAUUUGUUUCUUUCUGAUUGUAACAUCAACUCAUCAACCCCGGACCUAACCCGCGAAACUACUUGUUCAAAAGUUGGAUAUUGCUCUCCACCGGGAUCCACUGGAUAAAUAUCUGUCCACUGGAUAACAAUCAAAUACUUAACCGCCGCGCUUGAUUGUUUGAACACUGACUGAAGCUCGGUUACUUUUCUUCCUUUUUUGUGUUGCCCUUUCCUUCUUUGUUUGUAGUUUUUACCAACUCUUGUUUACUGCGUGAAAGAUUGUGUCCUUGAUUACGGCGCGAAAAACAGCGUUCGGGAAAUGUAUGUUACGCGGUAUUUCUUGUUUUACUUACGGAGGAAGAAGGUAUUCACAAACUGAAGUUUGUUUUUCCCGCGUAACUCGCCGCAUGCUGCGCAUCUUUUACGCGUGAAAUUUCAGAGCCACUCUGAAUCAGAAACUGUCACUUUCUUUCAACUUUUUGACGUUCCCGUGGUUCCAUGGUGAAUAUAUCUGGGGAAGACGCAUUCAGGCUCGUAGUUUUAUGUUUUACGCAGUAGAAGGCCAAAUUUCACGGAAAGAGAUUCAUUGUUAGCCUAUUAAACUCGCGUCCGUGUAUUGAGGAUAUCCCUUUCUCAAUAAAAGCUUGAUUGUACAGUGGAACCCCGUUAAUGCGACCACCGUUGGGCCAUAAAAUCCUGGUCGUAAUAACGAGGUGGUCGCAUUAACGGGGUCUUCAAAAUAAUAAAAUGACUCAAUGAUUGUUUCGUUUGGUUUGAAAGAAUAUGGUCGUAAUAACGAGGUGGUCUUAUAAACGGGGUGGUCGUAAGCCGGGGUUCCACUGUAUAUCUAAAAGUUUGCAGAACUAUCACCAUGACUGAGUAUGACAAAAUGAUAUCCAAGCAAAAUAAAGUCGCACAGACUUAGUUCUAAUGACACUUACAGUUGUAACAUUACAAUUCUGUACAUUAAAUCAUUAAUUUAAUCACUGAGUUACAAAUUGUCAGCCGGUCGAACUAAGGUUUGCUUUAGUCAGUUGAAAAAAAGAUGAGAAAAAGAGUACUGCUUUGCUAUUAUUUGCGCAAGUUUUGCCGACUUAAGACAAGCAAAACUGUGCAAACUCUUUUUAAUUUUUGACACGAUUUUUUCUUCUUCAGGUUUGUUAUAAAAAUUCCUCACUAAUGGACUCAUUGCUUUUGUAAUGGGAUACUAUAUUUAAUCCCACAAGCGAUGAAAAUAGUGCUUAAUCUUUUGAAUCGUUUAAUUGAAUCAGUUAUGGUUUUUUUGCUAAUACGCAUCCAUUUCCUCUCUUACUUGCUAAUGGUGUCACUGUUAUUAUGUUUGUUAUCAUUGUCGCCAAGCAACGACUUGGACAUCCAUUUGUAUUCAUCCAUUACUGAUUAAUUUGAUGUUUAAAUCAAGUUGCUCACAAUUUUCAAUACCGAUCGGAUAUUAUUCAUUACAAACAGAAAUUUCUAGAAAGCUAAUUGCCGAAACCACUUAAUGUGCUUUUUGGUUAAUUAUUUUCUUCGAGAAAACUGAGAAGUGAGAGUGUCCAUAUUGUAAUCCGACAAACCGGAACUCUCAGAAUGCAAAAUACCAUGGCCAACUAGAAUUAUUCAUCAAGCUAGUCGAGAUAGGAAAGCAAAACGAAAUAGUAAAACUCAAUUUAUUCACUGAAGCAAAACAAAUGUAGAAGAAGUCUGAACAAAUUGCAUUUUUUAUGGUGAGUAUACCCAUGUUUUGACUUCUUCCUAACCUUUUUUCAUUAACUUGUGGUCGGAGGCAAUUUUUUCUUCGUAUAACUCCUAGGGUCAUACAACUUAAAUGCUAAGAGUUGGUUUUGUUUCUGUUCAAUUUGGAUUACAGGGCUGGUGGGAAAAUGGCGUCGAGCGAUUCCCGUUCGGCGAAUACUCGGCGUGAUCAGGUAUAUUUAUUUCAUUAUUAUUUUUCUCAAAAUCUUAGUGGAUUUUGAGCAAUUUUUCUUUUCUUUUUGCGCAGUUAUACUCUUUGCUUAUUUAGGCCUUCAGUUUGGGCCCUGGGCGAGCUGGUGAAUAUUCGGCGAAAUGCUUAAAUGCCGCAUUGUUUAUCACCUGAGAUGCAUCAAAUCGCAAAAUGAAAUUGGCAAAAGCCUUUUUUUCAAUCAGGCUUUUUCUUUGCUCAAUUUCUUUUUUUCAAUUUUUGUUCAUUAUUUCUUGUACAUGGUUUCUGUCGUUCUAUCUUCAAUGUGUAUCUUUCUUCCUUAAAUUCCCUAGUCUUCUUCCUUAUUUUAAUUUAAAUUGGUAAUCCCGAGAAUGCUGUUGGAAUUCACUGUCUGUUAGCUUUUGUAGCCAAGCUUUAAAUAAUUUCAGUUCAAAAUGGUGUUAACAAUAUGUUUCGCAUCACAAAAACAACUUGGAAGUGUUUUAUAUUGUUUUGCUAACUAGCCUUUUUAUUUUGCUUAUUUUGACUUGUUAUACAUAAUUAAUGUUACUUUUGUAAUGUUUGUAGCCAUAUAAAUAACAGGCGCGUAAAUUGCCGCUCAUUUGCAUCUCUACAGGCGUUGGAAGAGCUUCGCCGUGAAUCUGCUGAAAAACAAGCGACUUUGCAGGAAGAAAUAAACAGACUUAAGCGUGAAAAGGAAGAGGUUAGUAACAAUGAAGAAAUUCUCAUUUUCGAUUAUGUUGGAAAUGAACUGAAUUUUUCCGUUAUUUUUGUUACUUUUCAGUAUGAACAGAAAAUUCAACAGCAUCGAGAGGAGCUGCAACUGGCUGAGAAGUCCCGGGACGAGCAACGGAAGGAAGCUAAGGUUAGAAUGUGGUCCUUUUUUCUUUCUUUCUUUCUUUGAGACACUGCAGUAGAAAAUGUGAGAUUUCUGACGGUGUCCUCCAUUUUCUCGUUCUCAGGAGAUUGAGGAAAAAUUGUCUCACGAAGUCUUAAGCUUAAAAAUGGAAUUGUCAAAGGUGAGACAGACUGCCACUGUUAUUCUGUGGAGUUGAAGUCUCGGAAAGAUAUAUUUUCAUGUGUUCGUUUGUUUUCAGCAAUGCGACAAACUUCAAGAUAACUUCAAUGUGGUGUUGUCUCUCCAGGAACAGUUGGCUCGUAUGCAGCAGGUGGGCUGGACAUUGUUAAAAUAUUUCUUUUUUCCACUGAUAUCUUUGAGCGUGAUCGAUUAAGGCAUAAGGCCUUAUUCUUAGUCCCCUUAUUUGAGCACUGACUUUACCUUGUUCGAACGGUGUUCCAACCAUGUUUUCUCUAAACGGUCUUUUGGAACGCAUAAGAAUAAGGCCUUACGCUAGUUACCUUGCCACUCCUUCUUACAGGCAUACCCGUAGUGUAACGCCCUCAACCACCGGGCUCUGGCUGUGCCUCGGUAUGCACCCUUAUUUUCGCCUGUUUUUUCCCCUCACGCAGCUAUUAUAAACUCCGAACCAAAUUUGUCUUUCGCAAAAGUCUGUGUUUAGAAGCUCACUGCCUUGAAUCGAACGCGAUCCCCUGCGCAUACGACAUGAUAUUAUUGGUUACAUUAGCAUAUUUGUGUUUUAUUCUUGGAAAAUAUCUUUUCCAUAGUUAUUUUCUGCGACAUACCUCAUCUAAGAUUUUAUUAUCCCGCUGUCCAGUGAGAAAUUCCAAAAUCGUUAAAAUCUAUUUUUGUGGAUUAACGUUUAUGGUUCGUGUGCGUAACACAGGAAACGUUAGAAAUAACCACAGGUAACCCAAGGUCGAAAUAUGACCAUCGACACUGUUGCGUAACGUUCAAAAUAUAAUGAUUUUAUAGGAGAAAAACAAUUGUUUCCGUAGCCCACGAAUGUAAAGGGAUUUGAAUAAAAAUUGGCUAACCUUGCUUAAGUUGUGUGUUUUUUUUCCUGUGUGGUGUCCAAGCCGAUUUAUGGCCAUUUAAUGGGUGUUCAGUAUUGGAACUGGUCCACUCUCUCUAUUAGCAACCGAGUUUUAUUGAAGUCUUUUACAUUCAUAGGCUACAGAAUCAAUUGUUUUUCUCCCAUACAAAUCCUUAUAUUUUGAACGUUACGUAACAGUGCCGAUGGUCAUAUUUCGACCUUGGGUCACCUGUGAAAUACCUGAUAAAAAAUAUAUAUUUUUUAUUUCAGCCUUCCCGAGCGGGCUGAAAUGUAACGAAUCCUGUAUUUCAAUUGGCUUUGCGCGGCGCUUUGGAGGCCAAUACACUCUUUUUUUUAUAAGGAUUUUGUUUUUCUGGCCGGGGUUGAAUUUUCUUAUUUUUCUGCCGAUAUUGUAUUGUAUUAUUCUUUUAAAAAAAAGGAAAAAAAUUAUCAUGAUGCUCUUUACGGUAUUGUUCAUUUCUUUUGAGCUGUCUUGAUACGGUACAAAUGUACUACAUGUAUCGUCCAUCGAACUGUUAUUAGCAUUAAACAUUUGGCUAUAGCUAGCCUGUCUCCCCUACCCCCUUGCGAUGGCGGUCAAUAAAUCCCCCAUAGCCUGUGUACAGACCGGUUUGUACACAGGCGGUCAAUAAAUCCCCCAUAGCUUGUGUACAGACGGGUCUGUACACAGGCUAAUCCCCACGGUUUUUUUCUUUUAUUACGCGCGCUCGACGGACUUCAAAGAGAAAAUAUUGGAUCUGUGAACAGGCUAGGCUAUAGCUAGUGCGGGUUUUUUCAAUUUGUUUGCUAGUUUUGAAGUUUAUGGAAAGGAACAAUUUUAUACGGUUCAGUUAAUAACGUAUAAUUCUACACAUGUUUUUGACAAAACGAAAAGACAACCCUAACCCUGACCCUAACCCUUUUGUGAAAUUAAUUUUCAGCAACGUUUUCUUUCUUUUUAUCUUUUUUUAAAGGAACAAUUGAGGCAACAGGCGAAGGAAAAGGUAAGCUGAUGGUUGUUUUAUAUAUAAUUUUGUUUUAUCUACAGGGUAGCCUAUACAGUAAAUCUACCAAAUGGAUUAGACAGACCGCGCAGUUCUCCGCUGAGUCUAUACGACCCAGACUAUAUUCGUGUCCAAUUCCGCCAAACGCGAAUUCUGGGAGGAGACGCAGAGUGAAUUUUGGGAAAACACAGACUUUCCAUUCUCUGAUAAUCUGUAAUCUGUAUUUCUCUAUUUCUCAAUUUUCUGAGUAGAUCAAAGUUCAGGUAUCAAUUCGAUUUGGCGAGCUUUAAAGCGACAAACCGUACCGAAACCGUGAAGAAGUUAAAUACACCGUGCGCCUGUUGAAGGACGUUUUUUCUCUGUGCUUAUGUGUUCAAAACCCGGAUAUGGCAUUUUAACGAAGCUAUUGUUACAUCCCAAGCGGCCAUUUGUAAAAAACAAAAUAGUUGCUGUUCGCACCAUCAAAGUGGGUAAGAAUGAGAAGAAAGGAAUUAUCAACUCUUAGCGUCUCGCCUCGCUAGUAUCUUAACCUCAAAGAAAAGUUAAGGAAAAAAUAUUGCAAAAGCAGUCGCUUCAUGGGCAUUAACGACCACUAAUUUUCGGUAGAUGGCUUAAUGAAAGUGGGCAAGUAAACCCAGGGUAAAUGGAACUGAAACCACCAAAAUGGUAGAGUCCCCGAUAAUUUUGUUGGGGAUCCGAGAUGUGCCUUAUUUGGAAGCCGGGAUUCGGAAAUGUGCAUGGGAUGCGGAAUGCCGAAAAUAAUAACGGGAUUAUGGGAUUGAGCGAAAAUUUGCGAUGGGAUACCCUGGGUGACGGAGACUUUUCAUGCGCAGUUUCCGGUUUCGGCGUGGAUAUUCUUGCUGUUAUCCAUGGUUUCGCCGCUCGUGCCGAAGAUUUUGUUGGCCUGCGAGUGACACCAAGGCAUCCCGUUACACGCGAAAUAACCUGCGUAGCAAGCGUUUCCGCUCGAGUUAUUGCACAAAAGUUCGAGCUAGCGGGUGGCUUCGGGAUGACGGGAUUGAAGGGUUAAUUAAAACUUUAUGUAACUCUCAUAAUCCUGCCAUGUUCAUUCUAUAUCUCUUUACCUGAUUAUUUUGCAGCGUCAGAACUCUGCAAGGCAGACUAGUGCGGCCAAAAGUUCCGUGUGUAGUGUGAUGUAACGCCAACUGACUACCACAUGUACGCCGGCACCGUGUGUCGCACCUCAAGACCACAGCCUGUUUCAACGCGAUUACCUGCCUUCCAUUUUGAGAGUUUUUUGUACGUGUCAUGGAAUAAACUAGAAAUCUUUAAAACUCUCCAUAUAUAGUAUUAAAACUACAUUGCAGUUAUUCUAGUGCUUUUGUUCUCAGAAGGAGGGCAAUAUGUUGUCUCUAUUGUUCGCUUGAGACUCGAGAUGUGGUUGCACGAUUAACUGAUCCAGUAGAGAACUCGGUUAAAGUUGAGCCAAUCAUGUAAGGGUCUUACUGAGAUAUUCUGUCGGAAAUAUGAAUUGACUCUUGCCAUCGUUAAUGGCAAGUUUCCAACGUCACGUUUGCCGAAUUGCAUCGUGCCGACCAGAAAAGUAAUAUAUAUAUGCAAGAAAAAUAUUCAAUAAUAAUAUUGUAAAAAAGUUCCUCUUUGGAAUUAAAAUUUAAAUGAACUGAAUUUUCAUAUGCAAGUUGUGUCAAGAGACUGUUGCAAAAUCAGAGUAAUAAUAAGGUGUCGAGACGUUUCUAUACAUUUUGAAAGUGAAUUUCAUGUAUGUACUUGGUGUUGUAGAAAUUAUUUAUUUGCCUUUAUUUUUAUUUUUUAUGUUUGUUUUUCGUCUUUUAUAUAAGUACUGGAUAACCUCGUAAAUGUGCAAUAGCCACUUUUUAAAACGUGUUACGGUAUUGUUUCACUGCAGGCCAGUGGUAGAUGCUCUUUUUCUUUAUUUCUCGUGAAAGUUCCAGUCCCAAACGUUACGAAAAUAUGUUUGAAAAAAUGCUUUUAUAUAUUGUAGAAUGUUCGAUGCUAUGCAUAAAAAAUAUAUCUUUCUCAUUCCUCUCCUCGUCUUUUAUGACAAGUGUACGUCAGGUAGUUAAAUUUUGUACUAAAUCCUUAUAAAUGUAGCGUAUUUUUUAUGUACUUCCUAGAACUGCUUGUAUGUAAUAAACAGCGCCAUUAUUUGAUAUGAGCCAGGUUCUCGUUAUUUUUCUGUUACGGUAUGUAUUAAACUGUAGCCUACGCAAAUGGGGCUAACCGAAAGUGGGGCUUCAAGGCUCAUUUUCUCGGCUUCGCCACUCAUUGGCCCUCUCGCCAGGCAAACAAACCGCCAGCUACUCAGGCAGAGUUAAUUGUUUUUCUGAAGUCACGAUGAAUUUACGGCAAUCGGACGUCUACAUUAUGUUUUCGUUCUAAAAUGAAACAUUCAACAACAGCUUAAUUAAGAAAGUCUUUUUUAUGACAAGCUUAGAGCUCAAGAUUUUUCCUGAGCUCGAAGCGCGAGCGGGAGAUUUUUAUAUCUUUUCUGGGACAAAACCGAGCGAGACUUCUAAACCCACAUUAUAAGAAAGAGAAUUUUCAGAAUACUUCUUCUGGAAAACUGAUAGUCAGCGCUGUGUCAAGGACAUGACAUAAAGAUUUUGAGAUUCCUGCAGUAUUUUACCUUUUCCAAUAGACAAUUUCGAUAUAUUAAAAUUUAGACUUGGCAGCGAGGCUUGGGGCAAUAAAACAAAAGAAAUCAUCUUGAGACUCACCAAUGACUAAUAAAUUUCUUUAAUUUUAUUUUCUUCCCCUAAGCCUCGGUGCCAUGUCUAUAUUUUAAUAUAUCGAACUUGGUCUAUCCAAGGGGUACCAGCUUUCUGACUGUUGCAAGCUAUAAUCAAUCACACCUAUAGUGGCAAGGCAAUCCUUAAAAUUUGGCGUAUUUAUUCUAUGAUAGCCAGAUGCGUUUCCCUGGCACCCGAGCUCUGGCAGGACACCAAAAAAAAUUAGGUUUUCUCGAGGAGCAUGCCCACGGACCCCAAAAAUAUUCACACUGGCUUGAAAGAACCCCGCCCGGCCCGGCACUCUCAAACUUGCUCCGCAGUUCCUGGAUGUUGCCUCUUCGAUAAAUAAAUAUAUGAUGAGAAAAACAGAGACGAAAAAAUAACUGUAAAAAUUUCUAUGAGGACAACAUCCUUUUUUCUUUAAAAACAAAGGUUGUUUACUAUAAUUUGUUUUAUAUUUUUCCUGACCAAUGAAUAAAUCCUUGCAGAUUUUCAGUUUGGUAUCACAGUCUAACCUCCACUAACAGCCACCUCUCCACAACGGCCAGUUUUUUGUCGCGGCGCAUAGUCCAUACAUUGUCAUAGGCUCCUGCUCUUGUUUAAACCUCUCUGCAAUAGAAGCGGCCACCAAAGCGUGUCCCAGACUGCCAAAAUAACCCCUCGACAACCGCCGGUUUUUUCAGCGAUUGAUCCCGAUGGUCAUAAAAUUUGAUCCGUAUGGCGCGUGGAUGAUUAAUCGCGGCAAUCGUAUUUUGAUUGUGUUCCAUUUAUACUGCUGCAAAAAACAUAGAUUGUCUACGAUACAUUAUGUAUGACUGGAUUACCGUAUGGCACGAAAUUUUUGCGGGAGUUUAUUUUUGCGGACUGGUGAUUUUUUGUGUUUUGCGGGGACUAAUUUUUCCGAUUAGAAGAGAUGGGUUUUUCUUGCUGGGAAUUAAUUUUGCGAUUUUCAGGAAGUACCCAGUACCCAGCAUUGACAAUAUUUUCGUUUUCAUCGAGUGCGCGUUAUAGAAAUACAUAUGUUCAAACAAUGGCUACGGUAUGCGUCAGUAUUUCAGUGUAUACCGCUUUGUUUCUGAACGAAAAAGACAAGUUGUAAUUGAACAGACACAAUUUCUUAGAACAAAAGAUUAUUUUUGAAGCAAGGACUAGCUUACAAAAAAGAAGGACCGAAAAUAUAAAACAAAAGAAGCAAGGCUGAUUUUACAGUCAGGAAUAUAUAUAUAUAUAAUUCUUUAAAUAAUCAUUUCGGAAGGCACUGCCUUCCUUCUUCAGUGUCUUUGCAUAUAAUGAAAAGGUUUAAGCUAAGACGUUACAAUUUGAAAUGUUUGAAAUCGUAACGUCUUAUCUUAAACUGGCUUUUCAUUAUAUGUAAGACCCUGAAGAAGGAAGGCAGUGCCUUCCGAAAUAUUGGUUAAAGAAUAUAUAUAUGUAUAUUCCUGACUAUAAAAUCAGCCUUGCUUCUUUUGUUUUAUAUUUUCGGUCCUUCUUUUUUGUAAGCUGGUCCUUGUUUCAAAAAUACAAUUUCUUAGUAAUGUAUUUUGUGUAGUGAAUUUAAGUUAGAGAAUAUUUACUCUGGAGUAAAUUUAUGCGGGAAAAUUUUUUGCGGUAAUUUUUAUUUGCGGGAACUUAUUUCUGCGGAUCGCUGAAAAAUAAAAACGCAAAAAUCACAAAAAUCAGAACCCGCAAAAAUUUCGUGCCACACGGUACCAUAUUUAAGGAUACAGUAAGCAUGAACUUAGCGCAAUAAAAAGGUUGUACUCCUUAAAAAAAAUUGUCAUAUUACACCCCUACCUUCCCAUAACGGCCACUUCCCCGGCCCCAAAGUUCGACUCCAAGAGACUCCAACCAGCCGCUGAUAGGACUGGGAACGAUAGCCCAUGUCACUCCCCCCAGUCAGUCAGCCCCAUCAAUUAACGGUCCAGGAUGUACCUAGACGCUUCAUUUGCAAAACAUGUCGGCGCGACUUUGUUGUUGUUGGACCAUGGAGGGCUUCUCAUGACGAUUAUCUUUGAAUGAAAUACGGAAACCUUUGUAGUCGAUGAGUUAGAAAUCAAGCGUUGAAUAUUUUGUUUACGUUUGUUGCGUGCUGUCUCGUGCUUCUUUGGUAAAGUGUCUUUUUCAUGUCGGUGAAGUUGUGGCCAUCAUUCCUUUGUCGGUGUAUCUUUCGGAAAGUGUAGGUGUUUUACUGAACAAUUUGUCGGCCCUUUUCCAGCUUGUCGGCAAUAUAAUCUUACGAUGUUCUUCUUUGAGAGUGCCGCCAUACUUUAAUCGCUGUUGAAGUGCUGUGGAAACCAUAUCUUUCGAAUGCGCGCAUCUCGGAGAACGGUAUACGGUUCUGAUCAAGCCAGUGAUUUAUCAUAGAAAAAGCAACCAAGUCAGUGUGCUAUGGAAGUCGACGAAAUAGGUAAGCACUAUUCUAACUGAUAAGCUUUGGGAGUUAAGAUACUAACUGUGGUGUUUUGUUUUUUGGAAAUUCGCUCGUGUCGCUAACACUCUCUUCGUGUCUUAUAGUCGCUUUGUACGUGUUUUGAGCUGAAAUGGACUAGAUAUGAGUACUAGAGACAUACAGUGUAGCAUGAUACUUUGAUGAUUUGAGCAAAGUAAAUCACGCACAUUUUUUCUGUGAAUGCGCUAAACAGAUGGUUUUCUAAUUUCUUUAUUUGAAGUCCUCUUUACCUACUCGUUGGAUUUCUCUAAUGAGGAUCAUUUCAAAUCUCCAACUUAAGAUGCAUACCUUUUUCGACGAUGCCAUGAGCAGUUUGUCUGAGUUUGUCAAAUGCGAAAGUUUCGUUGUCAGCGUUCUUUUUAUCUGGUCGAACGCAUUUUGUUUUCAUCGAGUAGUAUUUUUGGUAUCCAAAACAAUUUGUAACAGUAGACGGGUUCGGUAUUCUGAAGUUUAGCCACGGGUUCAUUAAAAGCGGCAAGAAUAAUUUUAUUCCUUUGCAUUUGUCCAUCAUAUCUUUGUCCAUCCAGUCUUUGAUUGUUUCUUUUACAUGGCUUAGCAUUCCAAUGUACCUUUUGCGAUCAGUUUAAAAAAAGGUUUCUGUUUUAUUUGGCUUUGCUUGUAUCGAGAAAUCUACCACAUCAAAUGACAACUUUAUACUUCUUUGGUGCAGAAGUGUAAAGAGUUAUGAUAACAGCUUUUAAAAAUAUUAUAUACAUGUAUAAUGCUUGAGUUUUAGAUUCGUGGUCCCCGCUUUAGAAUCAUCUGAUUGGUUGAAAUAUGGGUCUUACAGUAAAAAUUAUUUUUUUAUGACCUUAAAAAAAAUGCUGUUUGCUAGACGGAAAUGACUUUAAGUUCUCUCCUAACAGCAAUGUUAAGUAUUCCUUGUGGAAAGCAAAUAAUACUUGACUUUGAAGUAACACUGAAGCAGUAAUGAUAACUUUCAACUAUCACCAACCCCAAGCAUUAAUUUAUGAAAAGGCUUGGUAGUUGUCACAUGGUCAGAUCAUUCCAAGCCACAUUGUUCCAUUUUAUAGUCAGAUCGUUCCGCAGUUUCAGUGUAAAACUCAAUGUGGAGCACGCUUGUUUUGGGUUCUUAGCAUAAAAAAUGAGGUGUACAACCUUGUUUCUGCUUGUGGCUUUGAGGCUCGUGAAAGGUUCUGACUAUAUUGUUGAAUGAUAAAUUGGAAGGAUCUGGCUUGGAUGGUCUGACCAUACAUUGAAGUAAUGGGAUACCAUGUACGCUACGUGUAUUUGACUGCCUACAAACACCAGAAUUAACAUUUCUGGAGUUAAAUGAAUAAUACCAAUGUAUUAAUCAGACAUUAUUUAAUUCUUGCUUAGAUGAUAUUUUUGAUAGAAAUAUUGACCAGCUCGAUGUUAGAGAAACUCCAAGGUAAGUAGAUGUGGUUUCUAAUUGUGAUUACGAUAAACUUAUAGUUAUCUACAUGACCUGUAGUCUGCAAAUAAAAGCUCCUUACAAGUAUUAAAAAAACUGUUUUUCAUCAGUUUAUAGCAGUAUUUAUUUACGGUACUGAUAGUCUGUAAGUUCUAAGAUCAAUGUCCUUUAGCUGUCAGCUCCAUUGAAACAAUUCUUAUGUUUUUAUUUCUUUAAGAAUGAUACUGUAACACAGUUUUUCAUUAUUUAAAAUCAAGUAGCAUCAGUGACAGCAGCUUGACCUUUGUCAUUUUUAAAGAUGAAAAUACUUUUUCACUUUAAGUUCAGUUCAGUCAAAAAUCUCAAACCAGUUCUUUCUUCCUUUUUAUCUUUCUUGAUAACUUUUUUUACUGUCCUGACCUUUGUGUUUGAUUGAGCAGUUAUGUUACUUGCUUAGAUCAAAACAUGUACCAUAUUUUCCUGAUUUAAUGCCAAGUGCUGAGUAAAGACGUGGCCUCAGAGUAAAAGUUGUAUAUAAGCCCCUCAGUUUUUUUGGUACAAUGAAAAAGACACAUACAUGGGCAUCAAAAACAGGCAUAAAAUCCUUUUCUUUAGAAAGAGCAGGCCCAAGUAAUCAAAGGUUAGGUUCAAAAGGCCAAGUUCAAAAAACCUGUAAAGGCUGGGUGUGUGUCUCUCUUAGGGUCUGUUUGUAUGGAGAAAAGCUGUCUAUGGUAGAAGGGUCACCCACCUACCUGAGCUACCCUGGGUGACUCAACCUUUCAUACAUUGCCUUACAACACAAGCAGAACAGUUUACAUGAGAAGCAAAAAUGUUGGCACAGCUAGAAGGGUUGCCCACCUAGCUGUGUUACCCUUUUGUUAUGGUACUGGGUCACCCUCCUAGCCAGGCCAACUUUUGUCCACAUAAACCCUUUGGCUCAACUAGCCGGGUCAAAGGAUGUGCGAACGCCGUUAGCUCAGGCAAUAAUUGCCCAAGCCAACAGUGCUUCUUCUCAUUUAAACCCCUGAUAAAGUUGCCUCAGCUGGGAGAGUGACCCUUCUAUCUGAGUCAAGUUUUUGUAUGAAAGGGGUCUAAGACUUACAAUGUGCAUCAAUUGAAUGUUCGGGUGUGGAAGCCAGUUUCUUACAUGUAAAUGAGUACUGUUGCAGCUCAGGUUAACAGCACAACUAGAAAUGGGCAGUAACCAAUCGUUUUGCUUGCUGAAAUUAAAUAAAUUCAUGCGCAGCUUGACACUUGUGUUCUGUUUAGGUGGGAACUGUCAGAAGAAGAGGAAUCUGUAGGAAGUGACGUGGAAACAUUAGUUAAUCAGCAUCAAUCUGCAGUAAGUUAAAAGAGGUCUCUCCGAUCCUUAGACCAGCAAGGCUGGUUGCUUCUUCAGUUUUAAAUUUAGUGUUAAAAUCAAGGCUGUGCUCUAAGAAUAAUUAAAGAGAGGCCAGUGCCCUAAACCUGUGAAAAACGAGCAUACGCUGUGCUUGUUUUUUUUUUAAUGAAAAACUGUGAUUUUGUAAUCGCUAAAGAGCAAAAAAAGGUACCAGGUGCCACUGGAGCACAGCCCGGAAGGUUAGGGUUUUUUUGGUUACUUGCUUAACUCUUAUCGUUCCUUCUGGUUCAUUUGCAUUAUUUAUCUGUGCUAUGCCUGGUCAGCAUGUUUUGUUUUACCGCAGAAGCAUAAUACAGUCUAAAUCUUGGCACUUCACAUGCUGGGCCGAGUUGUUUGAAGGCUGAUUAACGCUUAACCCAGGGUUAAAUUUAACUCAGUUUUCUUUUUCUUGUGUUCUAGAACAUUUUCUCAGAUAAUUUUCUCUGUUAUUUUUAGAGCUUCCAAUCAUCAACUUGUAAAAAACUGAAAUGCUUUUUAAGCUUUCAUUUUGAAUUCAAAUCUCGCACUAACCCAGGGUUAUCUUAACCCAGCUUUGAACAACUCGGCCCAGGUGGCCACUUAAGAGUCACUGGUUUGACUUUGUUUGGGUUUCUGUCAUAAUAUACACUGUAGGUAGAAAUGUGUAACUUGUAGCCCAUAGUUUACAUGUAACACAACAUACAAUGUGACAUAGCUGUAUUAUUUAUAUAGCACAAAAUACGUGGGUAUAUGAUCUAAUGAGCUGUACCUUUUCAUGUGGCGUACCUUGCUCAUGCAAAUCAACUCUCUCUCUGCGAGAUCACAGUUAUUUAUUGUACAUGAAUGAUUUAUAUGCAGUGGUUUUGGUAGCUUUUGAAGAAGAUAUCAGAGCUAGCCAACUAGAGUGCAAGAGAACAUAGUAUUGGCAGCUGCUUUUUUUAUGAAACCACUGAUAAUGACUUUUAACUAGAGCAAGUGUUAGAACCAAAAGUUUUGUAAUCUAUGUUUUAGAAGAAAAUGGCAAAUGGCCAGUUACCAAGACAGAAAAUGUCUCCAAGGACUGUUCCCACAUCAGCUCCUCCUACAGCUAGUCUAGGCCAGACUCUGGCCAUGAAACAAAGUAGCCCCAUGUUACAUCCCAGUGUUGCACCAACCCAAAGUCCUGUCAUGAAAAGAAGCACUGACAGUCCUGUUCCUAAAGUAAAUAUGCCUUGUUUGCCACGAAAUACAAGCUCAGGGGGAAGCAUAAAGAGUAGUCCAUCACCAAAGUUGUAUAGACAUCCUUUGGACAAGGAGAAGAUUGAUGCGUUGGUUAAGUCUGCAUACAAAGAGACAAGUGAUUCUGUAAAGGUAAUGCUGGCAUGACUCUAAUAUGUACAGUCAAACUCAGAAAAGCAUGAACAACUUGAACAUUUCAGGAAUUAUGUCAGGGUGAAAAGAAAGUCAGUUUUACCACUUGCUCUUGGGUUAAGCAGUAGCUAGAAUGUACUAACCCAAGAGUCAUUUUGACUAGCCUAAAAAGAAUUCUUGAUGAACAGGACUAAUGAUAAUUGAUCAAUGUUUAUUAAUAAAUUGCACCACACAUUCACCUGAAGUGUAAUGCAAUACUUGUUUUUACAAAAUUAAUGAUCAACUUGAAAAAUAAGGAUUUUUCAAUUUGUCUUUUAAGACAAAGUACAUGUUUUACUCAUGCAAUUUUGUUAAUUCCCAAAAAGACUUCACAUGCCUGUCAGGCAAGUUAAGAACAGAGAUUGGUAGCCUGAGCUCACAAAAUCCACUAGCCCUGGCUUGUUGGACAAGAAUUUCUUUGCAUGCUGCAUGAUGAAUAUUGUAUUGUGACCAAUCACAACUAUGAUCAGAAAAAAUGAGCAAGCCACAAAAGCUCAGACUAACAUUAUCAUUGUUGCUUGUGGUUUAGUUUUCUUACACCUGAUUGGCAUUUCCUUGCAGCACAAUGACAUUUGGGAAAUCUUUCUGGUGUAACGGUUUUUUGAGCUCAAAGUCAUAGUUUAGGAUUUCAAAUAGUCAGUCAUUGUUUCCUUUAUAAUCAGAUAUUUUUUAAAGGAAAACAGUCUACAGUAAUGAUUACAGGACAAGUUGGUCACGCUUUGUGAAUUUUCUUAAACAAAAUCACAGAGCAUGACAUUGAUAAUAUUUGCAUUGUCAUUGUGGAAGAAAUGCAUUGUCGUAGUACAACGUGACAUGACUCAGUAAGCACAGAAUUGAAAAGAUGCUCUGUUAACCUUUGUCAGUUUUUAACUUUCAUGGUUUUGUUCCAUUCAAACUAGGAUUUUGGUGCCAGUGAAAGAGGGCAAAACCCAGUUCAGUUAGGAAAGGGCAAGUCAUUGUCCAACAGGGAAACUCCUGAUGUUCAUGUGUGGGAUGAAGAUGAUGUUGACUCACUAAAGGUACAGUACAGUGACAGUAAUACAGUACAUGUAGCUCUGUUGUCAAAGCUGCUGGUCAUAAGAUAAACAAAGUCAGUGAGUGUUAAUAGAUUUAAUAAUUAUUUUCUUCAAGCCGUAAUGAAUAAUAUUGCUACUAACAGUACAGAGUAGUUUCUAGUUCACCGGUACAUGAAGUAAUGGCUGACAGUUUUCUUAAUGUCUACAUGCACCAUACCUUUAUGUAUGACCCUUAUUUUUUCAGCAAAUUUUAAGUUAGAGACAAAGUUUAUGACAGAGUACAUGUACAUUUUUGUUUAUAGUGUCUGAUACUGAAUGGAUUUGUUCUUGCUGCAUGACUAAAUCUUGAAUGAUGUUUUCAGGAUUUUACGGGUAAUGAUCGUAAGAAGGAAGAAAAAUAUAUGGAAAGAACUGAUGAAGUGAUCUAUCAACGAGCUGCCGAGGAACACAUACGAAGACCUCCUUUGUGGCACGAUGAAGAAGUUGAUUCAGUCAGAGUAAGAACUGGUUUUCCUGCCUGUUUCUAAGGUUUCUAUUUAAAAUUUGGUGUGAUAAAGAUUUUUAUCCUUUCUGUUGAGUAUACUUGUGUAUAUAUUAAUUAUUUGUUAUAUAAUUUUAUUAAAGCUCAAAGAUUGUUUUUGCACUAACUUAGCAUAAAUGUGGUACAGUGACUGUCCUAUCAGUGGUUAUCUAGUUCAGCUGUACAGUGGGUAUUCUAUUCGUUGUAUUUGUGCAGUAUCUUGUUGUUACUGAUUUGGAUCCCAACACUGUUUUGAUGGUGCCCAUGUUAGAGAGUAGAGAUAAUUUAAUUGACAAUAGAGACCUAAACCUCAUCUCUAGUGGUAGCUCACUUAUUUGGUGACUUCUAUUUUUCCUGAUAAAUCGUCUUCAAAGUGACAUUCAGAUGGAAAAGAAUUCCAUAUAUGAUUAAAAAGCAAAGGAAAUUAUUCUAAAAUGUAGUAUUAUCCUCCCAAACAUGUUGUGAUGUUUUUGUGUGCAAAACACCUUGCUGUAAGUCUAAUACCUUGUGCCAUGUAAACUUUCAGGAUUUCAGCCGAACCACUGGUAAACAAGAGCCUACCUCAGGCUUAGCAAGCCAGCAAUUAAGCAGACUUCCCUCUGAUGAGCAUCUCUGUCUUUCUCCACCCUGGAAUGAAGAAGAUGAUGGACCUGUUGGAGUGAGUUAUAUACUGUUAUUUACUGUAAUACAUUGGUUGGGUACUCAUCUUGUACUCAAACAAUUUACUGGCAUCUGAGUAGCAGUUAUAGUAAUAGUACUAAGCAUCAUGUAAUUAAAAACAUUUCCUCACUGCCAUGCUAUAAAGUUUUAUUUUGAUGAUAAUUAUUGAAGGGUAAGAGUCUAUCUGACUAAUUUCAACCUAAUCAGAAUUAUUCACUAAAAAGUGAAAAUGUGAAAAUUUACCUUUCUUCAGUUAACAAUGUUUUUAACACCCAUGUGACAGAGCAUAAGAAGCAUACAUUAUUUGCAGUUAUGCUCUAAUUUCUUUUUUUAUAUAUGAAGUAUUCUUCCAUCCCUACUUUAAUGAAGUUGUCAUUUUAAGGUUUGCAUGUGUUAGAAUUCCUACUAUUUGUUUUACAUAUUGUUUGAUAAGCUUGGCAUAUGUAAGAAUUGUUGAAAUUUUGGUACAUACACCAGCAUAAGACAUACCACACCUGAAAAACACCUAAGUUUUCUUUCAACUUUGUCCAGUAAGUAGGGGAGGGCAACAUUUGACUUACAGUAAGCAAGGUCAUUUUAAAGUGCAUAAUACUAUUUUUCUUUCAAUGUUUUGAUUCAGUUAUCAAAGAACUAUUUUUUCUCUGAAGACAUAGUUUCCUACUUCUGAAUUUUACUAGAUAGCUGCAUUAAGGCAAACAAAAACAAACUCUGUAAUCUCUUAUACCAAACAUUCACUUGAUUAUGUCAAUGACUCAGCCCAGUUGUGUUUCUGUUCUAGAAUACCCAUUAUUAGGAAGCUUAAAAGACAAUAGCAAUGACAACGAUAGUGGUGAAAACAUUUCUUAAAAACUUAAUUCACACUGUUUCAAAAGUCAACAUUCUUUAUUCCUUGUCCUUCAGCCUGUAAAAUGUUGGUGAAUAAUUUUUGUCUUGAGUUGAUUUCUAAAGGACUGUAUGUAACUUUUCCUGUGUUCAUGUCCUCCACAACAUCAAAGAAAUGUACAAAAACCCAAGAUUCAUGUGCAAAGUUGUUGUUUUGCUUACCUAAACAUAUUGCUCUUAUGACACUCUCAUUGCCGUUGUCGUCAUUGCUUGAGCUCCCUUUUAAACGCACUUGUAGAGUUGUGCAUAUCAGUCAACUUUGAACAGAAAUGAAAGGAAAUUUCUGUUUUUUGGGGGUUUUUUUACCAGGAUUUUGUUCCAGUUACUGAACAGCCAGUAGUAAAAAAUUUCAGCAUCAAUAACAUGGUAAUGGAGGAGAGAAUGCGUCAAGCUGGUCAGCAGCCACCUCCAUGGCAUGAGCAAGAUGAAGUGGAUUCCACAAGAGUGAGUAAAACAUCUUUUUGUGCUGUUGGAAAAAAUGACCAGUACCUCUCUUCAGUUAUUGGAGUCAUACAGAAAUCUUCAAAGUUCUUUUGGUUGUUAACCCCUAUUUUAUACUGUGAUUUGAAGCAUAUUGUUCCAGAAAAUAAAGGUUUAUGAAAUCCCCAAAUGUAGCAUAGGCAUGCGUUAAUACUGCCGUAAUGAAUAAAAGUAACAUGAACCGGUUUUCAAGAUUAUUUGCAGCUGUCAUGGCCAACCUAAUCCCUUUUAUACGUACAUCCCUUUAUCCAUACUACAAGAUAAGAUUAAGCUUUUUCCUAACAGGCUUAUGGUGUGUAUGAUGUAAGUGAGAAAGUGGUAAGAGCAUUCAUCUCCCACCAAUUUGGCCUGGGUUCAAAUCCUGAUGUUGACAUCAAAUUUGAUUGAGUUUGUUGAUGGUUCUCUCCCUUGCCACUCUUCUCAAAAAACAACAAUGCAUUUCCAAGAGUUAUUAUGAUUCAAUCUGGAACACAGGGAUACAUUUAAAAAACGAAUUAUUAAGAACUUCUAAGUGUUUCGUGGGUAAACGAUAUUAUUACAAUUCAUGUAAUAUCGUGCAGCAUGUUUCCACUUCAUAAUAAUCCAUCAUUCCACUUUGAGUUGUUUUGGCUGUGUCGUGUGACAGUAUUUGACUGAGGGAAAAGAAGUAGUCAGUUUGACUUCUGAAUCAGGAGUUGAAGAAACUGGGGGAUUCUACUAAGUUUUGGGUGUUAUCAGAGAUUAUGGAUAAUUCUGCACCAAAGCUACAUUUGGUGCUCAAGUAAUGUGUAUUUGUGUACUUAGGACUUUGCUGCACAGUAUCGUAAAACAAGAUCAAUGGAAAACUCCAGGCGACCAUCAGAGGAGAAUAUUUACUUGACACCACCUUGGAUGGAGGAUGAGCAGCAAUCUUGUGGGGUAAGUCCAUCGGUGUUAAAAAAUGAUAAACCAAGUAAUUCAUAAUGGAAAUAGUGAGCAUACACUCAUCUAUAGCAGUACUUAUGGUGCCUAAAGUGAUUUUCUUACAAUAACUGAGUGAAUUCUUGAGCACUACUGUGAACUUACUUAAAAGCCCUUGGUGUACAUGUCUUUGUAAGAGGUUUUAGGAGUGCUUAUAAACAGAGGGGCUUAGGACGAGAUUAUAACCGGAAUAGAAAAAGUGCUUCGAAAUAAGCUAUAGAAUUGCUGAUCAAAAUAUGUUUUGCAUGCACGGUCGAACCUCGAUUAUCAGGACCUUGAUUAUCUGGACUUUUCGAUUAUCUGGACUCUCAAUUAUCCUGACUAUUAAUUUUACUCAAGUCCUAACGAGUCCGGAUAAUCGAGGUUCCACUGUACUGGCUUUUAAUUAAGCUUGAAAACUUCACAAAAAAUUGAAUUCAUUUCAAUAAAAGCUAGCGGGGGGGUGUUGGGGGGCUCAUAAUUGGCUGUAUUUUUUUGAUAACAGGUAGGUGAACCUAUAUCUGGGAGGGUGGGGUGGGGGGGCACUUAUAAAUGUCAGUUAUUUGGCUGGGAAGAAAUAUGAUCUGUGAGAAUGUAGGCUAUGGAAGUGAUGUAAUAAAUGUCAUAAUUUGUUUCUCUGUCUUUCACACGUUACUUAACAAUAAAAUUAGCUUGCUAGAAUUGGAUGUUUAAUUUUAAAGCAAGUAGACAAUAAUACUGUUUACCACUGUCUGUACAGUCAUAGUUCAUACCAUAAAAACCAUUCUGUGGUGGCUUGUGAUUCCACUUGAGUUUUGAACAUUUCCUACCAUGGGCAAUGAAAAACAUUAAAUGGCUGCUUAUUUGUUAGAUGGUUCUAUUUUAUUACUUAAAGCGCCAGAUCUUGAUACAUGUAAGAUUUCUGCUCUAUUCCUGUCUUGUGGAGGGCUGCCCAUUGUUCUCAGGAAUAAUUAAAGUAGGGAAUACAGUGGUAUGCUAGUCUGUUUUUCGUCUUUAGUAUUUCAGCGCUUUAAUAAUUUACUGUUUUUUACAGGGUCGAGCAGGAUUUGAUCAUUCUGCAUCAAGUAGGUCAUAUCGCAUGACCCUCGAAGAGCAGAGAGCCAUUGAAGAGGAAGCAAGAAACUUAGGGGUGACAGAAGCUGAAGAUAAAGUUCAGGCGCUCCGGGAGGAAAAAGCCAAAGAAAAAGUUCAUCCUGGAGUAGCAGCUCCAGUACCUGGCAGAGACAGUGGCUUUGGUAGCGAACAGGAUCCUCAUACUCAGGAAGCCGGACAAGGUAAAGAUUCAUGCGUCAAUUCUCUCUCUACUUUUACCAUUAAAUUGAUCUUUUUGGGUCGACCCCAAAAAAAUUUAUAAGGAUUCGUAUGGAGUUUUCUAAGCAUAACUGGGCUACGAUCUGUCUCUGUUAAACGGGGCUUUACGAGUAAAAACCGUUCAUCCGGAGAACCUGUAACAAGAAAGUCUUAUAGGACUGUUUAGGGUAUUAAAGUCUUAUUUCAUUUUUAUGACGUCACACUUUAGUACUCUAUUUUGCGCGAGAAAAAUAUUCUGAGUCAUGGCAUGGGCUUUUUAAAGUACAAUAAGUAUUUUGCAGAAGUUUUGUGUAAUACCCAGAAACUUUUUUAUUAUUUCACUAAACUGACCUUUAGCCAACUCUCCACAUACAGUUGUUUAUGUGAGUUUUUUGCCACAUGAAAAAGUGUGUUCAAUCUUAAAUGAUUGUGGGAUAAAUUCCUCCCGGUCCGUCUGUGAUUCCUUGUUGUAGGUUUUUAACGCAAAAUUACAACAAAAAAUUUGGUUCUGCACGUCCAUUGAGUUGAGAAAGCUAUUUUACCACCUUAAAUAGGGUGAAAAGCUGACGUUUGGAGUGACAGCCCUUCGUCAGUGCGAAUUUAUUAGACGCAGCUCCUCAAUUUCUUUAGAAACUAACCCUUCAUUCAUUAUUUUUUUUAACAGGUCCACCCAACAGUGGCGUCUUAACCCAAGGAGUUGCGAGCAUCACUAAGGAUGUUAAGACAGAUCCCACAAUAUCGAAACCUCUUUCUGUUGUCAGUACAAAUGGAAAGCAUAAUAUUCUGCAAAGCAUUAAACCAACAGCUACACAGACAAAGAUGUCAACUGUCGUGAACCCAGCUGACGACAUUAGGCGUGUCAAUGAACCAUUGCCCAGCAACAGAGAACGGCCGCACAGGUGCACCACCGCCCCUCAAGAGAUCAGACCAGGCUUGGCCACAGGAAACCCAACUGGCGGGGAGUCUGCUGCUACUCAAUCGAGAGGUAUGGCCAGAAGCGUGAGUCAGACCAGCGUGGAAGCAAUAUGUUAUUCACCGCAUGACGCGUUGGAAGGCUUGGAGACGUCCAGCGUGGUUAGUUUUGCCAGCACUGCUGCUACACAUCAUGAUCUUGACACGCGUAUCGACAUGGUUCAGUCACUCUUAUCCAUGCUAGGAACACAUGAUAAAGACGAUAUGUCCCGGACUUUGUUAGCUAUGUCCAACAGUAAAGACAGCUGUGCCGCUAUGCGGCAGUCAGGUUGUUUACCCUUGCUUAUUGAUCUACUCCAUGGCAAAGGCAUUGCUGACAAAAAUGUGCGUCGUGAGGCUCGCGCGCGAGCUGGCUUGGCGCUACAUAAUAUUGUUUAUUCAAAUGUGGAAGAUAGGCGUGGACGCCGCGAAGUUCGAGUUUUAAGAUUGUUGGAAAUUGCUCGUGCGCACUGUGAUGUGAUACAGUUCAAAGGACUUCCCGUGCAUCCUUGCGCGGAACGUUGGUAUCCACCUCUGAGGGAUUAUGGGCCAGGACCUGCCGUAGCGGCUCUUAUGAAGCUUUCGUUUGAAGAAGAUCAUCGCAAGGCCAUAUGCGAGCUAGGAGGGCUUCAAGCUAUUGCAGAACUAUUACAAAUUGAUCAUCAAAUCAACGAACACUGUAAAGAUUUCUACAGCAUCAGUCUGAGGAAGUAUGCGGGUAUGACACUUACAAACCUGACUUUUGGCAACGUCAAGAACAAGAACCUUUUAUGUAGUAUUCCUGGUGCUGUGGAAGCCAUAAUAGCUCAGCUGAACACUGUUGAAGAAGAAGAGAUCAUUCAAGUCUCUGCAAGCGUGUUGAGGAAUCUCUCCUGGAGAGCCGAUGAACUUUGUCGCAAGACCUUGCGUGACGCUGGUGCAAUCAGUGCGCUGUUAUCCGCGGCGCAAGCAGUUCACGGUGAGCCCGCGCUCAGAACAACACUCAGUGCUCUGUGGAACCUGUCAGCUCACUGUUCGGAAAACAAGUCAGAAAUAUGUGCUGCUCCUGGUGCCCUGAAAUUCCUGGUCAAGUGUUUGAAAUAUUCCAGCCCAUCUGGAAAUAUCUCCGUGGUAGAAAGCAGUGGAGGGAUACUGAGGAACCUUUCAUCUCACAUCGCUGUGCGACCAGAUUACCGCAAGACUCUCCGUGAUUGUGGCUGUUUUCAAGUGCUGCUGUGUCAUCUUCGUUCGUCGAGCCUUAGGGUUGUUAGCAAUGUUUGUGGCGCCUUAUGGAAUCUGUCAGCCCGGUGUUUGGAGGAUCAAGAGCUUCUGUGGGAAUUGGGAGCAGUUUCGCUCCUCAAAUCUCUCGUCAAUUCUAAGCAUAAAGCCAUCUCGCAAUCAUCAACUGCCGCCCUGCGCAACCUCAUGGCCGUUAAACCUUCAAGUUCCACCGACAGCGAGUCAGUUUCUUCUAGAGCAGCAAGACUUAAUCGAAGCAUGCCCGCAAACAUGCGAACAGCGGCAGCUCAAGCACAAUUAAAAAGUGACGUAGCAAGGUUGAAAAAUCGUUCACCUAGAGCCCAGUCUCCGCAGCUUCAAGUCCAAGGUACCCAACAGUCCCUCACAGUAAACCAGACUCUCAAGCGAAACUACGAACCUCCAGCCUACGAUGUUGCUGUGAGUAACAUUCAACAAAGCAUGGUUUCCCAGCCAAUUUAUCCUCAAGGCCAAGCUGUCCAGCAGGGCGAGUCAUUAUUCCCUGGUGUUACAAGGCAGGAUAUUGAGGUAGCCGCGAAUCAGAAGCAGGCGUCAGCAAGAAAGAAGACUGGAUCAUCAGGAUCUCUCGCUCAUUCAAGCUCUAGCUCCAACCAUGGCGCUGCCGCCGCCGCUGGUCAGGAGGAAGAACCCAGUACUGCUCUCAUACGUACAAGAUCAGAUAUUGGACCCAGGUCCCUCGCUGGCAGACAAAGAAGAGCAAAGGCACGUGGUGGUGACUCCAACAGUGUCGGAAACGGAGCUUCUUUUGACGGUCGAAAUAACGCGCAUUUUAAGUGGAGUCAAAGUAAUGACUCUUUAUCCAAGCAUCGCAGACAGCCUCACAGAGAUAUGAGCUGUAAGAAGGAACAUGACAGGCUUGAUGGUGACCAGCGUUGCUUAGGACCAGCUUCAGGACCCCGACCCCAUCAUUCCCGAUCAUCUAGCGAUGGCUGUGCAGUAAUUCCAUUGCUGAGUGAUUCAUAUCCCCUACACGUAUCACACAAACCCAAGAAGACUGAAAGUUUGAAAGAAAAGGAGUCUGUUGCAGAACGGUCUGUGCUGUCUCGGAUCAGGAAUACGGUUCAUAAGAAUACAGAAAGGGGUGUGGGACACGCCCAGCAGUCAGUACCUCAGCAAGGGGACGGCAUGUCUCUUAUUUCGCCAAGCACUGCGCGGAGGCUCAAUCAGUGGACCAACAGCGAGUUUGGAGAAACCUAUGAAAUGGCGGAGUUAAUUCCAAAGGAAGUAAAUGAAGUGAGAUCGCGACAAGCACCAGAUCAGUCCAGUACAUCACGAUCUUACCAAAGGAGCGCGCAAAAAUUCAAAUCUUACCGCGACUCGGACUCUGAGAUUGACUCCGAGGUAGAAGUACACUUAUUCGGACAAGUUCGGAAACCGACGGGAUACCCCGAGGCAAGCAAUGCUUGGAUUCAAAACGGAAAAUCGGAAGUCAAUUCUCAUCGCUCUGCGGACACUGAGAGCGUUGCAUCGUCGACCUGCAGCUGCGAACACGUUGAAAACAUCUGGAUUCGCCGCCCAGAAUCCAAAAGCUCAAAGUCCACUUGUGGGAAAUGUAGUCGCUCGCGAAAAGGAAAGAGUUCGGAGAAAAGUGCUGUUAAUAAGCCGAUGGUGAAAAGCAGACGAGAUUCCACGGAUUCUCCAAUAUCAAGUCCGAACUUUCAUCGAGUGUUUCAGAAAUCAACUGGACGAGAACAGAAGAACGUUGAGAUAUUGGAUCCUAGCAAAAGAGGAGUGAAAGUUACAUCGCUUUGAACUUCCCACGAACUACAAAACGAGAAGAACAAAACAGUUUUGUUAAGAUUGGUGCAAUAACACUUAAAAGCAACAUUUGAAAGGUUUCUUAACUUUCUAAUCUAGUACCCUAACAAUUGCAUAAUAUCUUGCGUUUUUAUUUGUUCUACUGAUUGAUAAGUGAAUGUCACGUUCGCAAAAUUCGGAAGUCUUGAAAACUGCUCUGAGUCCUUAUUCUAAGUACGGUGACUUGUUUAGAAUUGUAAGUGACGUGGUGUACUGUUGUAGAUCCUAUAGGAUCCAAGGCAAAUUUCUUGUAAAAUGUCUACUUGUCUUAGAGUGAAACCAGACUCUUACCCAGUCGCUAUUUACGUAUUUUUGAGGUGAGAGAAAAUUGGGGUUAAGUUGAGGCGCGUGGGGGCUCAUGGGAAGGGUGUCUGGGUACGAGUCUGGAGUGAAAGUUAGCUUUGGGCGGUGAUGGGUCCCUAAGAUUUCCGCGCGACUUACUUGGCUAAACACUUGCCUUCGCGCCUAAGAUACAAAAUUGAGCUUGCUUGCAGUUAAUACUGAUAGACCCAUGACCUUAUUAAAACGGGUAUAAACUGGUAGUGUAUAGUUUGUUCAGUCAUUAGGCAAGUGAAAUACCGCUAUAUUUCAAAUGUUUGUUUUAAAAUGGAAAUUCGUGAAUCACAAAACGUACAACUCGGGUAGAAAAAGUCACAACAUUUAUUUGCGUUGGUAACUUGGAAACUGCUGGGUUCUAUAAAGCAAGCAUUGAGUGUUCAUGCCGGACAAUCUAGGUCGUUAAAGGUUUUGUUGGUACCAGUGCCGGGUCAAAAACCAGUGCGAGGAAAAGGUGUAGGAAGUUACAUGGUUUUUUGACACUUGUAAAUUCUAAAUAAUAAAAAGAAUAAUAUUUUUGAAAAGUGACUUUAUGAUGGUUUAUGGAGCUACC